UAACUGCCAACUGUUGCCCAAGGUGGGAGGCGGAGGGUUUGGCUGGCUCCUGAGCGCGGGGUGAGCGAGCGGCGAAGGAGGAGGAGCAGGAGAGAGGCCGGUCUUGCUCUCUCGCCCAGCUACGGCCGACGGGCUCCUUCCUCUUCCCGGCGGCUGGGGGGAGCGCAGGCAUCGCCUGGAUCCGCCGCUGAGCCAGGUAAGGGGAAAGGAUGGAGGGGGAAGGAAGGAAAUGAAUUGGAUGCUGCUGCAAAGAGACGCUGGACGGAAAGAAAGGAGCGGGGACUGGGGGGGGGGUCUUCCCUUGCAAAGUUUUUUUUGGGGGGUCUAACAAUUGCGGGGGGAGGGCUCUGCUUUCUUUGCAAGGGGGAACCCCCUUAUGAAGCCUGGGGUGCGUCUCCAGUCCGGUUGGCCACUGCUUGGGGAAUCAGUUGGCUUUAAGCAAUCUGCUUCUUCCUAAUGUCACCCCUCCUCUCUCCCCCCCCCCCCCCGCGCAACCCCGUUUUCUUCUCCACGAAAGGGAGGAGUGGGCGAUCGGCGGAAUCGCUUCCUUGCCCGCCCCCCUCCUCUCUCCUCCUUCAACCCUCGUUCCUCUCCGGGAACCUCGAGAUACCAUCAAAGCGAAAUUCUAGCAGGAGAGAGAGAGAGAUUUCUUUGUUAGGUCUGGCAACGUCUACUUCUUUUUUCCCUUCUUUUUUUUGCACUCUAGCGCGGGGUGGGAGCCCGUCCACUGCAGCAAGCAGGCAAGUAGAUUAUCCAUAUAAUUCCCGCAGAUUUCACGUUGUUUUUAUUUUUAGGUCCUGGGAGAGCGGGCAAGGCUGGCUGGCUGGCUGGCUCCUCGGAGGAAGGGCAGUCGGGAGGCGGCGUGGGUGGGCGCUGGAGGGCGCCGGAUCCAUGACCUUUCCAGGUUGCGCGUUGCGGUGCGCGGGGCUGCUGCUGUUCCUCCGGAUUCCCUGGGAAAGGAUCGAGGCGUACCCGGCGCAUCAGCCUAGCCAGCUUGGUGCAUUAUGUUCUCUUGUCUCUCUCUUCCCCCCCUCACCCCCCUCCAUGAAUGUCGGGCUUGUGAGAGCCGCAAGCCUGGAUCCAGCGUCAGUGCUCUCUGUAAGAUUUUGUCUUGGGGACCGAUUCUGACGCAGGGAAUCGGGAAAUGAAAAAUCAGAUCGCUGGCUUCCUGUGAUGCGCCUUUGAUUACGCAAGCGUCUUACUGCCCAGUUUUGAGGAGAUCUACGAAUCGGUGUGCCGCACCGAAAAGCACAGAUGAGGCUAUAAGCAACGUGGUGGCCUCCGGAGGUUGCUGGGACUACAAAUCCCAUCAUCCCUGCCCGUCCACCAUUCUGUCCGGGGUUGAUGGGAGUUGGGAGUCCAGGCAACAUCUGGUUACCAUGCAAUGUGGCUAGAUAGCUCAGUUGGUGGAACAUGAGACUCAGGGUUGCGGGUUUGGGCAAAAGACUCCUGCAUUGCUGCGGGUUGGACUAGAUGACCCUUGUGGUCCCUUCCAGCUCAACGAUUCUAUGAUCUGUGGGCAGGUAGUUGAGUUCAGGAUGUUAUGUUUUGUUGCUGCCAGUGGUUACAUUUGUGCUCUGCAUCCUACAAUGCGUUCCCAAGGAGUGUUUUGUUGAUUAAGUCUUUCCCAAUGAAAAAUGAAAGACUUCUUGUUUGCAUGUUUAGUGGCAAUCUGGAUAGUUGCCAGAGAGACCCCAGUAGUUUCUUCUACAUCACGGUAAAUCAUUUCUGUUGCAAUACCAAAAAAAACCCUCCAUAAAUUCCUGACUCAUUUGCUUGUCACAGCAGCUCUGAGAUAGACAGAGACCCACAUCGCUAGGGAUUUCCACGUGAAUCUGGGUCGCCAAACUCAACAUGGUAGCCUAGUGUAUUUCAGUGGCUGUUUAUGGUGGAUCUGCAUCUUCAUAUCAUGAUGGGAGUGGUUUGUCAUGGCUCCUUUGAGCAGAGAAAUCUUUUGACUCCCGAAAUGUGCAAACUAUGCAUGAACGUGGAUGGCAACCUCAGGACAGCUAAGUGAGAUUGUAGUACACUGCACAAACAAGCAAGGUGUGAAAUUGUAUUUGCUGCGCUUAUUCCCAAAACAUGUGUUUCUGCAAGCUGAGGACUGCAAUAUUUUAACAUCAAGUUUGCCAUUUGGCUGAUCUGGCCAGGUCUGUGUUUUGCAGUUGCUGUCAUAUGGGUAUACUUGAAAAGGCAGAGUUUCUCAGCAAUUCUAUAUGCUUCCACUUAAAAGGGGGGGGGUGUUUGCUAGUAGCGGAGAGAAUCUGAAAAGUCUGGCCAACUUGUGGUUGAGCACUUUUUCGUGACCGCUCCUAAAAAUGGAAAGUUUGAUUCAUUGUUGGCCAUUUGUUUUAUAAUUUUCUGAUAUAUUAUGCCUUUACAUUUUUUUUAGGAAGUGGUGGUUUAUAACUAUUUGCUAAAAAUAAAAUAAAGUUAUAAGAAGCUGCUAUACUGAGUUGAGCUAGUGGCUGCAACUGCCUAUUGGGCAUGUUCAGUGCAUCUCUGCUGUUCACUAAACUGUCCCAACACAAAAAAGUGUUAGAUCCCUUUAGCUCUCCUUCUGUAUAAUCCACAGGUGCAGCCAGUGGACAUUGCUGUCCUCAAACAAUGUUGGCAUGGCGUACGUGGGGUAGACUAGUUUGGAAUCGGUUUUUUAAUUGUAUUUCAGGGUAUCCCCUGGAUUCCUUGAGAGGUUGGGGUUCCCCAGUGGGAAGAUAAGUGAUGGCAAACAUGCUUCUUUGAAGAAACCAGCAUUCAACCAUUCUUGAUCUUCCUGUCUAGUGUCCUGCCACUGGGUAUGCCCCAAGGAAUUAAAACUAUAUUCCCCAUGCGCAGUGUCCAAAAUUAGCCAGGCACAUUUUGUGACUGGUGGAACCAGUCUGGUAAGUUUCACCAUUUCUGCCUAUUCCAUAUGUUUUUGUAUCCAUCCUUCCUUUGCUGGGCCUGUUUUAAUGUGCUGUCAACCACUUUGAGAUUUUUUCCUUUAAAAUAUAAAGUGGCGUAGAAAUGGAAAUGAACUUCAUUGGGAGGAAAUGGCUUCGAGACAUUAUGUGGUGGCAACUGUAACAAAGGUUUAAGGCGGUAUUUGGCGAUUAGCUUAUAUAUCCGUGUUUCUAACACUGCCCAUGGGUGAUGUUGAGAGCAAAGGGGAGAGGUGAAGUUUAACACCACUGUGGGUUAAACCACAGAGCCUAGGAUUUGCCGAUCAGAAGGUCGGCGGUUCGAAUCCCCACAAUGGGGUGAGCUCCCGUUGCUUGGUCCCUGCUCCUGCCAACCUAGCAGUUUGAAAGCACAUCAAAGUGCAAGUAGAUAAAUAGGUAUCGCUCUGGUGGAAAGGUGAACGGCAUUUCCGUGCACUGCUCUGGUUCGCCAGAAGCAGCUUAGUCAUGCUGGCCACAUGACCUGGAAGCUGUACACUGGCUCCCUCGGCCAAUAAAGCAAGAUGAGCGCCGCAACCCCAGAGUCAGCCACAUCUGGACCUAAUGGUCAGGGGUCCCUUUACCUUUACUUGCUUCAGCUAACACACUUUCUUAGCCUGGUUCCCUCCAGGUGUUGUUAGACUACAGUUCCCCAUAGUGUUCGCCAGCAUGACCAAUGGUCUGCCAUAAGGUGAGUCCACCAAAACUUGGAAGGCACCAGGUUGGGGAAAGCUGAGCGAGACUGUCCCCUGCCCAUCACAGGACAACCAGCCAUCAACAGGCAGAACUGUGCACCAACUUGCCUCUCACCACCCCCACCAAAAAAACAACCCCAAGGACCUUCCAUUACUACUAACUGCCCUGUUGCAAGGAAGAUCUGGUGCUGACUCAUAUGGUUGUUUUCCUUUAGAGUGUGUCGUUCCUUUAUCUAUCGCAUUUUGUGUAUGUUGUAAGUCACUAGUCAACAAGCAGAACAUAAAUCUAAUUGAUCAAGCCCAUCAGAGGUGACCAGCAUUUGUAUCGGCAGCCAGGUUGCUCCUCUGGUCCCAGAAUCCUCUGUGUUGUGCAGGGAUCCCUUGCAUGCAACUCAGUAGGAGAUGGAUUCCCCGAAAUGAGGGUUGAAGAAUCAAUGGUGUUGGUGAACAAAAGUUUAUCUGUUGCUGCUCAGAUACGCUGGGAACUUCCUACCUUGGCAGUUGUUCGACCUUAACCCAUGUCUGUGGUUCAGCUUCCUGUUGCACUCAUAAUUCAAACGAAACACAUCUCAGAUUGAGUUUUGAAAUGAGUUGCUUUUGUACCCCCGUCCUCCUCUCUCUUUUUUAGUGGAAAUAUCACAUUUCGCAAGAACCUGCGAGAGUGUUAUGUUUCUGCUCUUUUCCUUCUUUUUGCAAAAAACCUGGGCCUAUUGUUCAAAGUGGAAUUGCAGUACAUUCCCUUAGGGAGGCUCAAGGGGCAUGAUUUGUUUUGGUUUGGGGUUUUUGCUUGCUUGUGCCACUGUUGCUCACAUUUGGGAUCUAGAAUUAACAACUGUCGCUCACAGUCUGCUGGAUCAGAUUGGCUCACCAUGACCGCAGUGAGUUUUUACCUUCCCUAGUGACAUAUGCAGUGCUCCCCCCCCCAAAAAAAAUGUUUAGGGGUACUCUCAUUUUGAUUCAAGAAAAUCACCAUUCGGGGGAAAUAAAAUCGGGAAAAAUAAAUACAGUAAACGGACAAAAGUGCAAAGAUUCGCAAAAUGUUUUGGGGUAUGCGUCCCUUUGUCCCCCCAGAAAAAAGCACUGGACACAUGCCAUAGCUUUAUUGCUUUACCAGCCAUCCCACAACCUGUGGCUAAUAAUAAUAAUAAUAAUAAUAAUAAUAAUAAUAAUUUAUUAUUAUACCCCACCCAUCUGGCUGAGUCUCCCCAGCCACUCUGGGUGGCUCCCAAUCAAAUGUUAAAAACAGUACAGCACUAAAUAUUAAAAACUUCCCCAAACAGGGCUGCCUUCAGAUGCCUUUUAAAGAUAGGAUAGCUGCUUAUUUCCUUCACAUCAGAAGGGAGGGUGUUCCACAGGGUGGGCGCCACUACCGAAGGCCCUCUGUCUGGUUCCCCUCUCGCAAUGAGGGAACUGCCAGAAGGCCUAUAAGGAUGCACAUUAUAGUCCAAAACCUCAGGAGGGCACCAAGUUUAGGGAAGGCUGAUUUUAACCACCUAGAUCUAGUUUACUUCUACAUGUGUUUCCUGUUUUAUAGCGUGGCUGGAGACAUGUGCUUUGUGCCUUGGGCAACUCACUUAAACUUGCCCACUAGGCUAUGUUCAAGGAAGCUGCCUCCAACAUGGGCAUGAAAAUACUUUCAAUUCCCAUCUCCAUAGGCUUUUUACAUGUCAAUACUCAAUUCUUCCCAUCCAUAGCUAAGAUGCAAUCAGAGCAACAAGGAAUAAAUGAUUACUGGAGGGUGGAACAUACCUCCUUGUAUGUGUUGAACUGCUUUUGCCUUUCCUGGUGGGUUGGGUGGAGACUGUGAGGAUGUUUUGUUGGCAGUUUGAAUCCCUGCAAUGGGGCGAGCUCCCGUUGCUCUGUCUCAGCUCUUGCCAACCUAGCAGUUUGAAAGCACACCAGUGCAAGUAGAUAAAUAGGUACCACUGUGGCAGGAAGGUGAACGGUGUUUUCAUGCGCUCUGGUUUCCGUCACGGUGUUCUGUUGUGCCAGAAGCGGUUUAGUCAUGCUGGCCACAUGACCCGGGAGGCUGUCUGUGGACUAACGCCGGCUCUCUUGGCUUGAAAAUGAGAAGAGCUCCACAACCCCACAGUUGCCUUUGACUGGACUUAACUGUCUGGGGUCCUUUACCUUUAGACCCUUUAAACUACAUCAUCCAUGCUUGCCAAACAUGGAUCAUACAAAUGGCACAGGGACCAGAUUAGGAGCAGAAUCUAUUUCUGGCAGGUGGGUUUCAUAGAGCGAAGAUGCAGAAUGGACCUGAGGUUCUUUACCAUGUUUCUCCAGUAUGCUGUAUUCUGACCCUCCUUGUUUGUUCAAACUAUGCCCUGCAUAGGUGUCUCUGGCCUAAAUAAAACAAUAGAAAUAAUUCACAGAGCUUUUUUAAAAAAUCUCAAUCAUAGCAGCAGCAUUCAGCCACAAUGCUCACUUUGCAGUUAUAGCUUUCAUUCUCUCUGCAAAGCUUUAAGGCCCGGACAGCUCUGAGCCUCUGGAGCAGCUAUGGUCAAGGACCUGUUCUCCACUAUGCAGUCGUACCUUGGAUCUCAAACGCCUUGGAUCUCAAACGCCUUGGCUCCCAAACAACUGAAACCCGAAAGUGAGUGUUCCGGUUUUGGAACGAUUUUCGGAAGCCAAACAUCCAGCGCAGCUUCCGACUGGCUGCAGGAGCAUCCUUCAGCCAAUAAGAAGCCACACCUUGGUUUUUUAAUGGUUCCCAGAGUCGAAUGGACUCCUGGAACACAUUCUGUUUGAGAACCAAGGUACAACUGUAGUUGUCUUUCUCUGCUAUGGCAUGGACACCUGGAGGAGGCUUGCUGUGGAGAACAUUGCCCACAACUGGGCUCGUAUGGGAGCUGGCUUUCUCUGAAGCAUGUUGGUCCCAAGUCAUAAAGAGCUUUCAAAGCAAGAACCAGCCCUUAGAAUUCAGGCCAGAAGGCUGGCUCAUAACCAAUGUCUACAAGAAAGAGGGGAUAUGUUCUGUCUCUCCUGAGAGGUGGGUAGCCAUAUUCUAAUAGGCUCUAUGUAGUCAGAUCAUGCUUGGUUGCUUCAGUCAGUUUGAAAAUUCAUGGCAUAAAUCCAGUAGAUGUUGCUUGUUCCUUAGUCAGCUGGCUAGUUCAGCUAAUUAUUAACCUGAGGUCAGACCUGGGAGGUCAGUUGAAUUGCGGAUAUUUCUCUGACUGCUUCAGUCUCUCCCCUCAUGUGAUCUUUCCUGUAUAUCUGCUCUUACAGUCAUGACAGAUCAAAUUAGACGUGAGGGUGGCAACCUAUGUUUGGAAACAUUUCUGCCCGAAUCAUGUAUAGUGGGAUCUGAUUCUUCACAUCCAAAAGAGGCACAGGUUGAAGGGAAACAAAACCUUUGACUGCACUUGCUUCCAGGGUCUUCUAGCCCAGCUGUGCUGAUUUCUGCCAUUGGAUCUAGGCUUGGAGAAAAGAGUUUGAGCAGCAGAGACCACAGAGAGAUAAGAUGGAGAAGGGUUGGCUCUCUUUAAAUCUGACUCUCCACUUCACUGCAGUUGUCUUCCGUGGUCACUUAUAAUUUAACUGCUGGUGUUACACCAAUGCUGACCCUUGAUUCAACAUUCACAGUUACUAGAGCUAUGAGAGACCUGAGAGAAGUAUCAUAGUGGAUACAUAUUUCAAGAAAGUCCAAAAUACUGUGGGACCUCUGGAUGCGAACUGGAUCCGUUCCGGAGCCCCAUUCGCAACCUGAGUAGAACGUAACACGCGACUGCGCAUCUGUGCAUGUCACAUUUUGCUGCUUCCGCACAUGCGUGUGACGUCAUUUUGAGCAUCUGUGCAUGCGCGAGUGGUGAAACCCGGAAGUAACAUGCUCCGUUACUGCUGGGUCGCCGUGGAGCGCAACCCAAAAAUACUUAACCUGAAGCUACUUCAACCCGAGGUAUGACUGUAGUGCUAGAACAAGCUUGUGCAAAGUAACAAAAAUUCCCAAACAAAUCUUAAAACAUUGUAUCCCACUUUUGAACAGAGAGAAUCUGAGAAUCUUGUGGUGAAAUGCUAUGUAGAGUUCUUGCCCUGUUGUUCGCUCCAAUAAUUAUGCAUAUUUGGUGCAGACAGAAUACUUACCUAUGACUAGUUUUAACCGUGGUUUGUUGCCUUGCAGUGCAACCCUAGACAUGUCUGUUCAGAAGAAAGCCCCAUUGAGUUCAGUGAGACUUAGUCACAGGUAACUGUGAAUAGUACAAGGUGCGGCCGGAAUGUUCAGUGAAUGGUCACAGAAAUUGAACAGCGAGAAAUAUUUGAACAUACAAUCGGCAUCGGAAACCCACGAAAUGCUCACAGUUGUAUACAGAGAUGAAGCUGUAACUCGAAAGACAGUGUAUGAGUGGUUUAAGCAUUUCCGUGAAGGGCGGCAAACCAUCAAAGAUGACCCUCAGUCUGGCAGACCGUCGAUGGGCAGAACGGCAGCAAAUGUCGACAGAGUUUGUGAGUUAUUGAUGCAGAAUCGGCAUUUGUCCAUCUGAAUGAUGGCGGAAGAAUUGCAUAUUCUGCGUGAAAUCCUUACUGAGGUUACUGAGUUCUCCCACCCCUCCAUAUUCUCCCAAUCUGGCCCCACUGGAUUUCUUCCUUUUUCCAAAACUGAAAUCUGCACUGAAAGGGCACAGAUUUCCCAACAUUUCACACGUCAAAGCUGGUGUGACGAGGGAACUGAAAGCAGUACGAAAAGACGACUUCUCCAGAAGUUUCCAACAGUUCUGCGGAUGUUGUCAACGGUGCAUUGUAUCAGAGGGGGCCUACUUUGAAGGCCUGUAGGUUUUCCCAGUAGUGAUGUAUGGAAGUGAGAGCUGGACCAUAAAGAAGGCUGAUCGCCGAAUAAUUGAUGCUUUUGAAUUAUGGUGCUGGAGGAGACUCUUGAACUGCAAGAAGAUCAAACCUAUCCAUUCUGAAGGAAAUCAGCCCUGAGUGCUCACUGAAAGGACAGAUCCUGAAGCUGAGGCUCCAAUACUUUGGGCACCUCAUGAGAAGAGAAGACUUCCUGGAAAAGACCCUGAUGUUGGGAAAGAUGGAGGGCACAAGGAGAAGGGGACGACAGAGGAUGAGAUGGUUGGACAGUGUUCUCGAAGCUACAAGCAUGAGUUUGACCAAACUGCGGGAGGCAGUGGAAGACAGGAGUGCCUGGCGUGCCAUGGGGUCACGAAGAGUCGGACACGAGUAAACGACUCAACAACAACAAGGCCUGUAUGUUCGAAUAUUUCUUGUUGUGCUAUUUCUGUGACCAUUCACCAAACUUUAUGGUCACACCUUGUAUAUUGCAGCCUCAAUCCUGGUUAGGACCCCCAAUUUGCAGUGCAAUAGGAACUUUGAAAACUGCCUUCCCCCAAGUCGGACCCAUAGUCAUCAAGCUCAGUAUUGUCUACACCACAGUCUCCCACAACUCCUACCUGGAGAUGCUGAAGGUUGAACCUUGGAGCUUCUGCUAGCAAGGCAUUUGCUCUGCCACUGAGGCACAAAUCAUGUUGCACUUUUGCUGUGGUGACCCUGCUCGCCAGAAGUCAUGUCCUGGAAGGCAGCACUCAGUAAUACUACCUUCUUCUCACAUUGCAACCAAAGAGUCUGGGGAGACAGAAACCCUGAACCAUGGUUAAUGCCAACCAUGGUUUGGUCAAAUCAUUUCAAACCAUGGUUUUCUAUCCUGCUUUGCAGCCAAUCUUUAGCUGUGGCUUAGCUACUGUGACCUGUUUUAGCCACACUUAAAGGAAACAAUCCAUGGCUAAGCAUUAUGUCUCCAUAGGGGCCGAGUAGUAGACACACUCAGUGAAGUUUCCUCCCAUUGCAACUUCCUGGCGUGUGAUCACCAUAUGUUCUUAACCGUACAGUACAAGUCACAAGAUGUAGCCUCACUGGAAAGCAUGCGUUGGAUUUCAGAGCAGUUGCAUGUGUUACCACUAUCAAUUGUAGCAAAUCCAACCAGUUGUAUGGUUUCAAGUUGCUCACAACUUGGCACCAGGUGUCACGAAUCUUUUGCAUGUGCUUUCUGUUUUCUUUCUGUUAGUUGCCCUGAACUAUUCAAGAUAUCUAUUUAUUUGCUCUGUCUGUUUGCUGUGGCGCAAAGAGAGCUCCUGUUUCCUGACCAGCUAUAAUCUUCUUUGUUUAGCUGUAAUGUUUUCUUUAUGUUUUUUCGUUUGAGAGCAGAGGACAAAAUGCGUUGCUCUUUCUAACAGCAACAGAAAUGUGCUAUAAUGUUAAAUUGCCCAUUCAUUCACCGGGCUAAUUAGCAGCUAAAUUAACUGGUGGAAUUGACUCCCCACCCCCAUUUUCUGAAUAACAAUGCACAGUCCUGACUCCCGAUAGAAUAUUGACUCAGUUACAUAAUUUGACAUGGGUCACUGCUGAGCUAAGUAUGAUCUAAACAGUAUUCUGUCCAAACAUUGAGCCAUCUUUAGCUGUCUGGCUGUUUUAAAUUUGGAAAUGACAGCCUUUGUUUUGAAAAGGAUAGCCUUGUUCUGCUCUGGUAUUAAGGGAAGCCUCUAGCAAUUGUUCUGCAGAAGUGCAGCAUGGCAGGCUGCUAAAGUUUAUCAGCGUGAGAGCUAUUUGCAGAAAUAUCUUCAUGUGUUUGGUAAGCGCAAGACAAAUUUAAGGCAUCCCUUAAAAAAAAACCACAACAGUAACUAAGACUGCAACCCCACAGUCAACAGGGGAAGCCCCAUUGAACUCUGUGGAGCCUGCUACUGACCUUUUACAAAUCAAUUAAAUUUAUUAGUUGCAUGUUACCUGAAGGUUUCAAAGUGAUCUACAGCAAUAGACACAUAAUACCAUAAGGCAGGCAUGUCCAAACUCCCAAGAGACUGAGAUCUACUGCCACUAUUUAAAAAACUGGCAGUAAUCUACCACUUUGGAUUCACCAAAGUUGUUGAGCUUUUAUUGGGGAGCCAGAGCUGCUGGGAUUCUCUUGGGGAGCCAAACGAACAAUAAGGAUCACACGAUCAACCAGGAUUGACCAGGGAUGCACCCGAUCGACCAGUAAUUCGCGACCAACCAGUUGGACAUGCCUGCCAUAACAGAAGGAAAACGGGGGGGGGUGUCUACAAUGUAUCAAUAUAUCAUCUAAUAUAACAUUUGUGAACAAAUAAACAUAACAUAAAAGGUAAAGGGACCCCUGACCAUUAGGUCCAGUCGUGGCCGACUCUGGGGUUGUGGCGCUCAUCUCGCUUUAUUGGCCAAGGGAGCCGGCGUACAGCUUCCGGGUCAUGUGGCCAGCAUGACUAAGCCGCUUCUGGCGAACCAGAGCAGCGCACAGAAACGCCGUUUACCUUCCUGCCAGAGCGGUACCUAUUUAUCUACUUGCACUUUGACGUGCUUUCAAACUGUUAGGUUGGCAGGAGCUGGGAGCUCACCCCGUUGCGGGGAUUCGAACCGACGACCUUCUGAUCGGCAAGUCCUAGGCUCUGUGGUUUAACCUACAGCGCCACCCGCGUCCCUAGAAAACACAACAUACCUGCCAAUAAAAAAACAACAUUAACUAUACAGUGGAACCUGGGUUCUCAAACUUAAUCCGUUUUGGAAGUCCAUUCAACUCCCAAAACUGAGGCGCGGCUUCCGAUUGGCUGCAGGAGCUUCCUGCACUCAAGCGGAAGCUGCAUUGGACAUUCGGCUUCCAAAAAAUGUUCAAAAACCGGAACACUUACUUCUCGGUUUUUGGCGUUUGGGAGCCAAUUUGUUCAUCAACUAAGCUGUUUGAGAAUCAACGUUCCACUGUACUAAACAAAGAGCUACUCUCACCCACCAAUUAGCAGAUAAGCAAUUAUUCCACUUCUCCCACUUUUAACCCCCCUACCCUAGCCAAAAGUCUGGUAUCAUAGAAUUGUAGAGUUGGAAGGGACCCCGAGGGUCAUCUAGUCCAACCCCCUGCGAUGCAGGAAUCUAAACUAAAGCACCCAUGACAGAUGGCUUAAAAACGUCCAAGGAAGGAGAGUCUACAACAGGCUUCCUCAACCUCGGCCCUCCAGAUGUUUUUGGCCUUCAACUCCCAUGAUCCCUAGCUAGCAGGACCAGUGGUCAGGGAUGAUGGGAAUUGUGGUCUCAAAACAUCUGGAGGGCCAAGGUUGAGGAAGCCUGGUCUACAAACUCCCAAGGGCCAGCUGUUGCAAAUAAUCAGUUUGUGGGUCCAUCCUCCUCCAGAGAUGGUCCAGCAUCUCUCUUCUCCCCUUCAGAGGGGAGCAGGAGUAAGGCAAAGCAGGAAGAUGGUAGCAAAGGAUUUACCUGCUUUGCAGUUGGUCUGGGUACCGCUCCUUUUCUGGGGGCUCAUGCAUAGUGUUACACUAUGACACCCAAGUAGCAAAAUCUGAGUCGGUUCAUUGCGUGAGGUUUAACUAAUAGGAUAUAUGCACAUGAAUAGUGCUAAAGGGGAAAGUGUGUUCCUUUUGCUUUGCUAGGAGAUACACAUUCGUUUCAACAGACAUUUCACAUGGGACGUUCUCACUCUUUUCUUCUUACAUGGGAUAGACCUGAAAAAAUGCUGUCAAUCAAAAUGCUUCCAGUCAAUUUGACUGACCGGUUACUGCACCGCAGCCUUAAACUUUAUUUUUAAAGCCUCUUUCAGAUGCAUAUUCUUUAUCUCAAAGAGUUAAAAGGAUGUCAGUGAAAAGUUGUUGGGGUAACUAAUUCCUCCUGUCCUGCACUCCUGAUCAUGAAGCACUGGAAACAUUGAGUGUGGAUCAUUACUAAGCAAAUAAUUUGGAAGCAGCAAGACUUCCCAAGAGAGGUUAUGUUUUAGGAAAGCUUUUAAUGCUGAAAUACAUCUGUGGGUUAAACCACAGAGCCUAGGACUUGCUGAUCGGAAGGUCGGCGGUUUGAAUCCCCAUGACGAGGUGAGCUCCCGUUGCUCGGUCCCUGCUCCUGCCAACCUAGCAGUUCGAAAGCACGUCAAAAUGCAAGUAGAUAAAUAGGUACUGCUCCGGUGGGAAGGUAAAUGGCGUUUCCGUGCACUGCUCUGGUUCGCCAGAAGCAGCUUAGUCAAGCUGUACGCCGGCUCCCUCGGCCAAUAAAGCGAGAUGAGCACCGCAACCCCAGAGUCGAUCACGACUGGACCUAAUGGUCAGGGGUCCCUUUACCUUUACCUUUACAUAUUCUAGGCUGAACAGUGUGGCAGAUCAAGACAGAAGUGUGGGCAGUUUUGCCAUCAAGUUAUCUAAUUUCUCCUGCUUAUAAUAAACCAUCCUCUUUGGACAUAUGACCUUUUAUCUUAUCACAUUUUGGAAACACCCGCCGGUCUCUUUUGGUUUUUAAGCUGGAGCCUCUGUUAGUCAGAGUUCUCCUAAUUUAUAUUUAGCAGAAAACUUCUCUUUCAUUUUUAGUCUUGUUUCAAUUGGCACUCCUUCCCUUUUAACCUGGAGGGUCCCCUCCUCCCUGCUAGCAUGCUUUUGUCGAUUUCCACACUUAUCUGUGGUGUCACAAGAAAGACAAAAAAACCGAGGCUUUUACAAGCAUGAACUUGAAGCUUGUAAAUGAGAUGUUAAUUGUUUCCCUGCCUUGGGAACUUGCGAGUGGGUUAAUUGCGUUACAUUUUAAGGCUCCUUUGAGCAUUGGCAACCCAUCUUUCCGCAAUAUCCUUUGUGCGGAGGCAGAAAAAUAUCCCAGAUAAUUUGUAUCUCCUUAAAGGCAGCUAUCUUGGUUUUAAAAACAGAUGAUGAAAUUUGUUGAUCGUACGAAUGAUCGUGUAGUGUUGUACCGUUGGAUGUGGUGCCUUGACUGCCAUCUGCAAGGGCCUCUUUUCCUUGAAAAUGUGCCACCCCAAAAAGGUGCCCUGUUUUUUUUAUUAGGUGAACAGAGGGUUCAUAGUAUGAGUGAGAAUGAGAGAUGCUUCAGCUGGCUAAAGAGUCCAUGAAGUAUUAACUUAAGAAAUAGGCAUGUUGCUGUGGUUCCAGGGGCACAUAAAGACAUGAGCUUGCAUGCUGUUCCCUUGUCCAUCUGCUUUUUCUUUCAGUGGUACCUCAGGUUACAGACGCUUCAGGUUACAGACUCCGCUAACCCAGAAAUAGUACCUCAGGUGAAGAACUUUGCUUCAGGAUGAGAACAGAAAUCGUGCAGUGGCGGCGCAGCAGCAGCAGGAGGCCCCAUUAGCUAAAGUGGUUCCUCAGGUUAAGAACCGUUUCAGGUUAAGAACGGACCUCCAGAACAAAUUAAGUUCUUAACCCGAGGUACCACUGUAUGCUAAUGGCUUUAGAACCCCCCAAUGGGAUACAUGCUAGAACAUAUAAGUGUAUGACAAGUUCGAAGCAAGGUGGGUGGUAUUGCACCUGUUAAAUAGGCAUAGUUGGCAGCAGGGCCGGAUUUAGGUUUGAUGAGGCCCUAAGCUACUGAAGGUAAUGGGGCCCUUUAUAUGUCCAGCUGUCCAUUGUCAACAACAAAUUGUCACUGUUUUUUGUGUUGAAUAUAUGCUAUAUGGUAAUUUAUGGACCUAAUAGGUAUCUAAAGCCAUUUGCACAUGCAGAAUGUAGGCACCCUAUAUAUAGAAAUGAGCAAACCAGUGAUAUUUUAGGGAGCAGGCUAGCAGGCGGGGCCCAUUACUUACAUCAUAGGAGCCUACACAACACAAAACAAAACAAAACAAAACACUGUUGCUGUAUGUAGAUUUUAUUUUAUUUGUUUUUUAUCUUAUAUUUUGGAAAUGUACAUCCAGUUGUUGUUUUUUCCUUUUUGGGCCCCCCAAGAGAGUGGGGCCCUAAGCUAUAGCUUGUUUAGCUUAUACAGUGGUGCUUUGGGUUACAGAUGCUUCAGGAUACAGACGCUUCAGGUUACAGACUCUGCUAACCCAGAAAUAGUACCUCGGGUUAAGAACGUUGCUUCAGGAUGAGAACAGAAAUCGUGCAGUGGCAGCGGGAGGCCCCAUUAGCUAAAGUGGUUCCUCAGGUUAAGAACCGUUUCAGGUUAAGAACGGACCUCCAGAACGAAUUAAGUUCUUAACCCGAGGUACCACUGUACAUAAAUCCGGCACUAGUUGGCAGGUGAGCUCCAGCGUUCAGUACAAUGGGGUGGGUCCAUUGUUAGAAGCCCAGAUAUAUAAGCUAGGCACCAAAUGGCUCCUUGAACCAGAGUUACAAUCACCAAAAUGGUAUGCUUAGUUGCCAUUUUGGGGCCAGACGGCUUGAAAGUCGUAUUUUUCAGCAGGACUUUUUGGUUCCUGAAAUUCAUUCUGGUUGUGCAGAUGAAAUAUAACGGAUAGAAUUUGACAGGAUGUUUUAUGCUAGGGUGCGAAAACACAGUGCAGAUCCAAGGAUUCCCCAGGCAUGUACCUCCAGAUGGUGGAGAAGUGAGGCACCAUCCUGCCACCAGGGCAUCUUCACUUGGUUGCAAGUAGCCGAUAGUCUGGUGAAUUUCAAACCCUGGGUGGGUCACCUCGUUGGAUGUUUCCCUCAUCUCUCUUUCAAAGCAACUAGCCGGUUCAGCUUACUAUGUAGCUGAAGAGUAACGACACAAGGCUCUCCGCAUGAAAUGUUUUAAGUACAGUGGUGCCUCGCAAGACGAAAUUAAUCCGUUCCGCGAGUAUCUUCAUCUAGCGGUUUUUUCGUCUUGUGAAGCAACCCUAUUAGCAGCUUAGUGGAUUAGCGCUAUUAGCGGUUUAGCGGCUAUUAAAGGCUUAGCGGCUUAGCUGCUAAAAGGCUAUUAAAGGCUUAGCGGCUUAGAAAAAGGGGGGGGAGCGGAAAAAAAUCUCAAGACUCGCAAGACAUUUUCGUCUUGCGAAGCAAGCCCAUAGGGAAAUUCGUCCUGCGAAGCGCAUUGAAAAACGGAAAACCCUUUCGUCUAGCGGGUUUUCCAUCUUGCGAGGCAUUCGUCUUGCGGGGCACCACUGUAUCAACAACAUUGUUAGUGGCCAAAUGGUUUCUCUGUCUCACUGCCAGACUGGCAUUACAAUGGCCACCAAACAUCUCGCCAAUUAUUUCAAUGUUCCAGCUGUAUCCAUAUUCUGUCUGCCCUCCCAAGAUAAUCAGGGUGGUAAAGGUAAAGGGACCCCUGACCAUUACGUUCCGUUGUGACCGACUCUGGGGUUGCGGCACUCAUCUUGUUUUAUUGGCUGAGGGAGCCGGAGUCCAGCUUCCAGGUCAUGUGGCCAGCAUGACUAAGCCGCUUUUGGCGAACCAGAGCAGCACACGGAAAUACCAUUCACCUUCCCGCCGGAGUGGUACCUAUUUAUCUACUUGCACUCUGAUGUGCUUUCGAACUGCUAGGUUGGCAGGAGCAGGGACCGAGCAACGGGAGCUCACUCCCUCGCGGGGAUUCAAACCGCGACCUGUGGUUUAACCCACAGCGCCACCCGCGUCCCUAAUCAGGGUGGUACAUAUAUAUAUAUAUAUGAUAGACUGAGAGGCAACAACUCAGUUCAUGCUCAACACCAAACUGUGGUUUUGGGGUUAAUCCACUUGCCUGCACAUGGGUCACACUGAAUGUCUUUGGUGGAAAAGCAACUUGCCCAUGGCCAUCUAGGAGAUCUGCGCUCUCCCAUUUUUAACAAAAUCGGCUAGGUUUAGCCACAGCCAGCCCCAGUUUAGAUUAGGGACGUAGACUGUGAAAGGGGAAUAGCUCCUUCUCAUUCCUAUGUACUGCUUCCCCAGUUACCAGGAAAUGCUUUUUGCCACGUGAAAAAACAAAACUGUAACUUUAUGGCUAAGCAGCAUCUUGAACACAGGUAUAAGCUCAAUAUUUUGUCCAUUACAACACACUGUCAUUGCUGUGAUUUUUAGAGCUAAGCUUCCUUUCCUUUCUGCCUUUUAGUGUCUGGUCCACUUGGCCAUAAAACAAGUGAUCAAGGCUUCGCUCUCCAUCUGCUAUGUUCCUUCCCCAAGCUGAUGUGUUGUAAAUCUGUAUCCACUUCUUCAACCUUGAGGCUUAUCAAAAAUGCACUUCCUCAAAGUGCUUCAGCUCAAUGCUGGUUGGAGCCAAGAUCUUGUAUAGCAUCAAACUCACUACCUUGGAGCAAAUGUCAUAGACAUUUUUAGAAUUCAGCAAAUACUGAAAAUCUCUUUCCCCCUGCCCUGUAUAUUACACUGACUCCUUGUCCAAAUCCUAUCCCCCUCUGUGCAUUAGUUCUCGUUGACCGUUGAUGCCUAUGAAUGUUCCCAAGUCCUGGGAACGUAGGUUAACUUGGUGUGUGUUCUUUUUAAUCUCUCCUUGCUCUACUGUUGCCUCAUUUUCUGGCCUACAAGCUUUCAUACUUUUUCUGGUUGCCUCUGUCUGUCUCUCAAUCCAGUAUCCCCCUUCGCUUCCCCUAGGGAUGAGCUCACUUCUGCCACUGUUUCCUCCUUUGCUAUAGUGCAAAUACUACCCCAAACUUGAGGCUUGAUCUCCCUGAAAUCAUGGGUAUUUUAGGAUCACAUUUCUGCCACAGUGGUAAGAUUUGUUCUGUGCCAUGGUGAUGGUUGUUUUCCAGCACUUAGGGUGCUUUUUCCAUGGCUGUUACUAAGGUUACUUCUGCCACAUUCUGGAAGGAAAAAUCCAACAGGUUUGGCGUAGGUGUUAAAGCAUGUUAAGUGUGAGUUAUUGUGUUUACGAUUCAAAGAAGAUAUACCAGGGGUGAAAUUUUAGGCAGGGAAGAAGACUGGUUGGUGCCCUUCAUUGUGUUUUGUGUCUGCGUGUGAUCAAUACACAAGACGUAACCGGCUGUACUUUUGAAUAAAUAAGGUAUAAUAUUCAUUGUGUCAAACUAUAGAUUUCAAUGGAAGUCUCAUAAAGUUCAACGAGAAAAGCAGAAGACCCAGUGGAUCAGUUCAUUCUCUAGUCAGUUCAUGCAUAAGGUCCAUACAUGUAUAAGUAUCUAUUCCACCUGUCUGUUCAUAGAGUCCAAUAAUCCACAUGAAGAGUUGUUACAGUUCCACAGAAUCUAAGACAAGGAUUUCCAGAAUAUUAGCCUUGUUUCGCCAUCCUAGGCUUCAUCAUUAUAGCAGGCUCUAGGUAAUGCGAAUAAACUAUUAUCCUGUAAUAUUACAUAUGGUAUAUACAAUUAUUUAGGGUUUUUUAUAUUUAUUUUGCUGUAAAAAUGUGUGAGAUUACGAUAUUGUAUUUAUUCGCAUUACCUAGAGCCUGUUCUACUGAUGAAGCCUAGGAUGGCGAAACAAGGCUAAUAUUCCGGUGAUAACGCCUCUUGCUUGCCUGAAGCAAGUGUUUGUUGUGUGUGUGGAUGCCUUUUCCGUGGCUGGAAUGUACAGUGAUGAGUGUUGCAUCCAUUGCCCCACCUACUUUUGCCUCUGGCCCCGCCUACCACUACUAGCAUGUGACUCUUGGGUUGAGAGAGGUGCAUGGUGACUUAUUUCCAAAUAUAUAUCCAGGUAUGAAGGUUUUUGUUUUCUUGUAAGAUCAAGGAUUGGAACACAAAGGAUCAGGUGGAAAAUAGCACUAGGGGCAUGGGUGGUGCUGUGGUCUAAACCACUGAGCCUUGGGCUUGCCGAUCAGAAGUUCAGCGGUUCGAAUCCCCGCAACGGGGUGAGCUCCUGUUGCUCCUGCCCACCUAGCAAUUCAAAAGCACUUCAGGUGCAAGUAGAUAAAUAGGUACCACUCCGGCGGGAAGGUAAACGGCAUUUCUGUGUGCUGCUCUGGUUUGCCAGAAGUGGCUUAGCCAUGUUGGUCACACGACUCAGAAGCUGUCUGCGGACAAACGCCGGCUCCCUCGGCCUAUAGAGCGAGAUGAGUGCCGCAACCCCAGAGUCAUCCGCGACUGGACCUAAUGGUCAGGGGUACCUUUACCUUUACCUUUAUGGCAGAUCAGCAAGCCAGCUUGCAAAAUAUUUUCUCCUUUUCUUCACUUGAAGUAUCACCAUUUUAGUGAAUAUCAAUCCCAUUUUCAGCAACCUGAUAAAAAUGUUGUAAGGUGCUUUUGUCUUUUCUUUUCACCUCAGAGAACAGGAGUAUUUCAUUACUUUCUCUUAUUUUCUCUCUCUUAGCGCUGUCCUGAUUAUUGUCUUCUGGCAAGAUACUUGGAGGUGCUUUUAACAAGUGUUCAAGUGUGUCAGCAUACCCUAGAGUUCUCCAGUCUUCACCUCUGUCCCCUGGGUUUUGAGAAAUCGCUAAUUGGACUGUGUGUGUAAAUGCCUCUUGAGUGAAUAUGUAUUUGUAGGCACACAAGAUACCUGUGUGUUGAUUCCCUUCACAACAACAUCCUAUCAAGGCAAUAAUACCCUAUUGAAUUCAGGAGUGGUAGCUGUACUAUAAAUCCAGCCACUUGUGUUGUGGGAACGUAACCCCCACGUAAGUUAGGAGUCACCUGUACAAGUAGGACCUGCAACAAAAAUGUGGCAAAGUAGAGGAGUCCUCUUGCUUAGGGUUCUAUUCACCCCCUUUCCCAGGAUACUCCAUUCCAACCACCCCCACUCCCCAACAAUUUGCAUUCUGUGCCCAGUGAACAGUCUCAACCUCGUUGGGUCAGGUUGUUUUGGGGGGGGGUGAAAUAUACUCGGAGACACGUAGUGAUUUCACACUCUUUAUUUCAGCUCGUAACAGUGAAUGAAUUUCCCCCCAAACCUCAGGCUUUAUAUACAUUAUUUGCACAAUGGGUCCCGUGUGAUUGGCUGGCUCUGCUUCCCUCCUGGAGCUUGAUUGGGCUGCUCCUGCAGGCCAAUCAGUUGUUGCAUUCUAGGAUCCUACCGACCUAAUAGGCUGAUUAACUUCCUCCUGGGUUCUGAUUGGGCUACUCCUGCAGGCCAAUCAGAUAGUUGCAUUCUAGGAUCCUACCUGCCUAUUGUUCUAGGAUCCAAGCUCAGUAUAUAACAGUGGGGUCUCUACCUUUCCUUUUCCCCAUUUCUUUGCACUUCUGCAAACCUUUAGGAAAAUGCUAUCAGUUCUGUGUGUCUUACAGUUGCAGGCUCUACAGUUUUCACACUCAGUCCCCCAAAGUCUGGAGGUACCUCCUUAGAGAGACAAAGACUUCAGUCUACAGUCAUAAAAGCUCCACUUGUUUUAUUUGUGGAUGCAUGCAGCCUCCAUUACGCUCGUAAUAUUGGUUUUAGGACUAUGUGAUCAGACUAUAUUAGUCUCAUUGUUGGACUAACCCACUGUAGUCUACUCUGCUUGAUGAUAGCUCUCCAGGGUCUCAGGUAAAAGGUAAAGGGACCCCUGACCAUUAGGUCCAGUCGUGGCCGACUCUGGGGUUGCGGCGCUCAUCUCGCUUUAUUGGCCGAGGGAGCCGGUGUACAGCUUCCAGGUCAUGUGGCCAGCAUGACUAAUCCGCUUCUGGCGAACCAGAGCAGCGCACGGAAACGCCAUUUACCUUCCCGCCAGAGCGGUACCUAUUUAUCUACUUGCACUUUGACGUGCUUUCGAACUGCUAGGUUGGCAGGAGCUGGGACCAAGCAACAGGAGCUCACCCCGUCGCGGGGAUUUGAACCGCCGACCUUCCGAUCGGCAAGUCCUAGGCUCUGUGGUUUAACCCACAGCGCCACCCGCGUCCCAAGGGUCUCAGGAAUAGUUCGCAUUUUCCAUUGUCUGCCUGCCUGGCCCUGUUAACUGGGGGUGCCAGGGUCUGAACUCGAGACUGUUUUGCCUAAUUGAGCUAAGAUCCCACUGGCCAUUGUAAGAGAACAAGGGAGGUGUUCAUGGUGAGCACCUCUUUUUCUAGAAAAAGAGCACUGAUUUGGGUACCUCUUAGGUUUGAAUUGCGCUUCUAUGUUUAACAGGCUUUUGACAGCAACGGUGCCAUAAAAAUAUUAAAGCUUCCUUCAUACAUGGAUUUACAUGUUGCCAGCGCCACUUUAGUGUUGUUGUUUUCUUCUACUGACAAUCCUUUGGGGCGCAUUCAAAAUGAAUUCACAGCAAACACUACCAGGUUUUUUGCUAGUAAUAAUCAGUGCUUUGAAUGGGUCCUCUCAUGUUAAGCAGCCUGGCACUUCUGCAAACUGACACAUUUGAAUGACAGGUAGUGUAAAUGCAAACAUGCCUGCGCUCCUGGCCCUUUUCCAUAUUCCAGGCCAGUUUUUCUUUGGCUUUUACCUCCCCCCCAAAAAACACAGUGGAAACUCGCCAGAGCACAAAGCGGCUUUUCAUGCGCUUUCCCCUUUCGCCUUCUGCCCACAUCAUGUCUCCAGUGCAAGGAGCAGCGAGAGCACAAAUGAGUUUAUUUUCAGGGGUGCCUCUAGAUUACAGCUCUUUAAAGGGAUAUCCUUCCCCCCCAAAUUUAUUUCUUUUUCUUCUGCUCCAGCCUCUGGCCUUGAAUAGUGUCAGUGGAGGUUUUCAGCACCUAGCAUUACAGUGGUACCUCGGGUUAUAUACGCUUCAGGUUACAGACUUCACUAACCCAGAAAUAGUACCUCGGGUUAAGAACUUUGCUUCAGGAUGAGAACAGAAAUCGUGCUCCGGCGGUGCAGCAGCAGCGGGAGGCCCCAUUAGCUAAAGUGGUGCUUCAGGUUAAGAACAGUUUCAGGUUAAGUACGGACCUCCGGAACGAAUUAAGUACUUAACCUGAGGUACCACUGUAUUUGUUCAACUUACAGUGUUAGAUGUGAACAGAUGCAGGCAAUUCAUAUAGGAUGGGCUUGCAGUUACCAGGGUUCAACAGCAAGGUAUACAUACAGUAGACCCUCGGGUUACUUUACUCUCAAGUAACGUAAACUUCGGCUUGCGAAAGCGGCAAACUCAGGUUUUUUGUACCAUUGUAUCAAAUCCAGUUGAAUGUCCCUAUUUUCACUGGAGAAAUUUUGGAAGGUAUUGUCAUACACAGAGAGAGUUAAUUGUGUCCAAGCCUGCUGAAGCACGCUCAACUUUGUGUUCAAUUGCGACCUUCAGUUUUGUCGCAUCUACCAAAUAUUUGGCACUAAGGUGUGCUUUUAUACUGUGACCUCAAACUAUCCCUCCUGGAAUGAGUUGAAACGAAACCUUACUAACUUCUGAGAAGUUUUAAUAAGCAUCCUUGACACUGGAGAUGUUGCUACGUGCCUGGUUGCUAACAGGUCUAUUUUAGAGUGACUAAUUAAAAAUGGUUAUUAGCAAAAUAAACAGGCCUCGGAAUAGGAGUCGUUAUCAGAUGGUUCUACCUCAUGUUUUCUCUGUGUGCGUAAGUGACAAUGAAAUGUGUUUUCUAAAAAAGCCUUACUUAGCGCAGUUUUGUAGAAAGCCUCCCCCAAAGGACAUGCUAGUUGAAAUAAAAGUUUUUGCUGAUUUUAUUUUCUCCAGAGAAGUCACAAUCUGUUAAUUUUUAUAUUAACAGCCAGCUUGAAUUGCUGUUAUAUAUCUCACAGUGUUUUUUACAGAUAUUAGGAGGCGUUUUUAAUUUAUUGUUUAUUAAUUUACAAAGAUUUUGUGGGGGGGCAGGGGGGAGAAGGAAUAGGUUUUUGGGUGAAAGGACAGCAAGCUCAGUUCUAGUACGGUGGUACCUCAGGUUACGGACACUUCAGGUUACAGACGCUUCAGGUUACAGACUCCGCUCACCCAGAAAUACUACCUCGGGUUAAGAACUUUGCUUCAGGAUGAGAACAGAAAUUGUUUGGCGGCGGUGCAACAGCGGCGGGAGGCCCCAUUAACUAAAGUGGUACUUCAGUUUAAGGUUAAGAACGAACCUCCAGAACGAAUUAAGCUCUUAACCUGAGGUACCACUGUACUGAAAACAAAUUCCUGGGCUAAGGUACACUUACUGUAUUUUUCGCUCUAUAGGACGCACCGGACCAUAGGACGCACCUUGUUUUAGAGGGGGGGAGCAAGAAAAAAAAAUCUCCCCCUCUCUGCGCAGCACCCCUUCAGCGAAGCGGCAGGAGAAACGGAGCUCCUUCUAUUUCUCCUCUGCUUGGCUGAAGGGGCGCUGCGCAGCUCUCCCUCUCUGCUGAAGCCGGCAGUCUUGCUCUCCUGGCUUCAGUGAAAAGAACCUGAAGCCUGUGGAGCGCAGCAGGAACUCGCGAUGCGCUCCGCAGGCUUCAGGCGGCUAUUCCUGAAGCCUGGAGAGCGAGAGGGGUCGGUGCGUACCUACCCCUCUCACUCUCCAGGCUUCAGCGAAAGCAACGCGAAGCCUCCAGAGCGCGGAGGGAGUGCUCCCUCUGCGCUUCGGAGGCUUCGCGUUGCUAUCGCUGAAGCCAAGAAGCCUGCAUUCGCUCCAUAGGACGCACACACAUUUCCCCUUAAUUUUUGGAGGAAAAAAGUGCAUCCUAUAGAGCGAAAAAUACGGUAAUUCUGUUUUGUUCUUUGCCCCUGAUGGUAGACCUUGAGGUUCUAAGGGGAGGAAACCAAAGUAGACCUCAUAAGCUUUGAUUCUGCUUACUUCUGCAAUAAGGUAUCUGCUCUUGGCAACCUCCCACCACACAAUUGUAGUUAUCAGCUUUCCACUUCUCCCUCCCUUCAAUCUGGCUCCUAGGAAGUCUUGCUGGCUUAAAAGUUUUUUCAUGCCUGAUGCUAACAGACACUUCCAAUAAAAUGUUUAUAGACCCUCCAAGUAUCCCUAUUUUCCAGAGACAGUCCCAGAUUUACAGAAGCUGUCCCGGUUUCUGAUUUGAUCUCAGAAUGCCCCGCUUUCCCUUAGGACGUCCCUAUUUUCAUUGGAAAAAAGUUGGAGGGUAUGUGUUUCUGUAAAACCAUCUCAGUAACCUCGUACAACUGGCCUACUUUUAUGUUGUGGUUUCUUCACUUAGUCUGGAAGUUAACCAUCUUGCAAGGAGGGGAUACUGUGUUAAACGACUCUGGUUUUUCAAAGUUUGUCUGAUGGUCUCAUAUUAUGAGCAGCCACUCACAGGACUGGGCAAGACCUAUCACUAGUACAGCAACAAGAUGUUGCGUAAGUUUUAAAAGUGCAGCCUGUCAAUCGGCGUCAUCAUCAUCAUCAUAAAUUUUAUUUAUACCCCGCCCUCCGCAGCCAAGACCGGGCUCAGGGCAGCUAACACCAGAUAUAAAAAUAAUUGAUUAAAAUACAACUUAAAAACAAGAUUAAAAUACAACAUUAAAAUUCAGCCUCAUUUCAGUAGAAACUCAAAUCAAAAACUUUUUGGGGAUGAAAACAUCAAAAACGUCAUAGACUCAAUGGGUCAAAAUUUGCAUUAUAGAAACUUGAAUUCAGAGUCUGUAAUGGCCCGUGUUUACACCACACAGACACGGAAAGGAGAAUUAGAGGACUCUUCUCUGACAGAAAGCUUUGAGUAAGAUUUUAGUGCUCAGCGGGUGGAUAAAAACGUGUUCUUCCCCAUGCCAUUUUGCUUACUUCAGUAUUUCUGACUCCAAACUCCCACUUUUGUUGCUUUUGUUGACUUAUCUUCUGGGGGGAAACUCAUAGAUAAGAACUUGUCUUUCUGGUACUUGUUUGGUAAAUUUUGAAACUUAAGGUACAGUCAUUCCUCUUAUCAGAUCUGAAGUUGCAGGGAGUAAAAGCACUAGGUCAAAAGUGGACAUUGUGCUUCCCUGGAGCAUGUGGAACUUUAAACUGCAGGCUUGUCUGUUAGCUUUGUACUGUGUUAUAAGUGCUUACAUCUGCUUUUCCUAUUUAGCAUACUAUAUUAUUUUACUUGGGACCCCAGGUGCGAUUUUGUACCAUACCCACUUACCUGGGAAUAAGUCACGUUGAAUUCAGUGGGGCUGAAUUCCACUCUUUGAUAUGACAGUCCUCCAUUACUGUAUACAGUGGUACCUCAGGUUACAUACGCUUCAGGUUACAGACUCCGCUAACCCAGAAAUAGUACCUCAGGUUAAGAACUUUGCUUCAGGAUGAGAACAGAAAUCGUGCUCUGGCGGUGCAGCGGCAGUGGGAGGCCCCAUUAGCUAAAGUGGUGCUUCAGGUUAGGAACAGUUUCAGGUUAAGAACGGACCUCCAGAAUGAAUUAAGUACUUAACCUGAGGUACCACUGUAAUUCCCAAAACUGGAAAAGACAGAGAUAGUAGGGGUUUUGCCACUGCCGCCACCCUGAUUUUGAAGCUCCAAGCCCAAGCUCUACUGUCUGGCAAAGGGUAUAUUGCAGAUGAAAUUUAAAUUAGUUUGCUUCGUUCUAAUUUGGCAAGCUUUGCUCAGCUUCUGGGCAACCUGUUUGAACCCGCUCAAGUGUCCGAGGCAAAGUCAAGAUUACAGUUUUCAAAGUGAGAUGGAGUUCAGCAUCAGGCGUGCCGACUGAGGCUGCUAGUAGACUUAAUGGAAAAGGGCUGUUACCCUCUUCUCCCUAUCACAUCCAUCAUCAAGGUUUUAUAUUCCUCCAAUCCUAAAGGCUCUCUUUCCCUCUUUCCCAGGGUCCUGAAAUUCAAGACGGCGGCUAUUUGGACAGUGAAAGUGCGUACAGUGAAUCGGAUCUCUUUCCUGAUGAAGACAACAUGACCUUGGCUCAGCAGGAAGUCCACCAUGAGUCCGACAUGGACAGUGCCAUUGAAAGCGCCCACAGCUCAGAGGUGUCGGAUGUGUGUCGGAGUGAGGAGAAGGAUGGCAUGCUGGGUGGACUCUUCCUGCCUGGAGAUAAGUGAGUAGAAAGCUCUUGGGUGUUUCCUAUAUCACCUUUUCCAUACACUUGUACCUCAGGUUACAGACGCUUCAGGUUACAGAUGCUUCAGGUUACAGACUUCACUAACCCAGAAAUACUACCUCGGGUUAAGAACUUUGCUUCAGGAUGAGAACAGAAAUUGCGCGGCGGCGGGAGGCCCCAUUAGCUAAAGUGGUACCUCAGGUUAAGAACAGUUUCAGGUUAAGAACAGAUCUCUGGAAUGAAUUAAGUUCUUAACCUGAGGUACCACUGGUUCUCAAACUUAAUCCAUUCCGGAAGUCCGUUCCAAAACAAAAGCAUUCCAGAACCAAGCCACGCUUUACCAUAGAAAGUCAUGCAAAAUGGAUUAAUCCGUUCCAGAUUUUUAAAAACAACCCCUAAAACAGCAAUGUAACAUGAAUUUUACUAUCUAACGAGACCAUUGAUCCAUAAAAUGAAAGCAAUAAACAAUGUACUGCAGUCACACACAAUCAAUCAAUCAGUAGCUGAACUGGGUUCCACAUAGUCACAAAAACAAAAAAGCCACAAAAACACAAAAUAAAUAGCAAAAACAGACAGACGUAACACUCAAAACGGAAGUGUGGCUCUCAAAACGGAGCAUGUUUGGCUUCCAAAAAAAGUUUGCAAACCGGAACACUUACUUCCAGGUUUGCAGUGUUUGGGUUCCAAGUUGCUUGAGGGCGAAGGUGUUUGAGAACCAAGGUACCACUGUAUUGCUUCAUAUAUCCCUUUUGGUAUUUAACGUCUUGGCCUGGCCCAAAGGUUCCUUUCCCAACAGAACACCUGAUGCAAGCACAGAAACACAGAAACUUUUAAGUAGGACCAGGGUGCAGUUUUGCAAUAGCUUGCGUCUAGCUAUCUAGCUGUGGCCCAGUGGCAACCAUUAUGAACCAGGGCCGGGCUGCUUAUGUAACUGCAUAAUAUGAUUUUGUUAAACUGUGUUGGGAUUGCAGCAAGCUUUCCGGAAUAUAUUUAAUGCCUUGUUUGCCCUGGAUUUCAUAAAGAGAGCCUAGAGCCAGUGUCUGUAAAAUAAAAAAGGGGGGGAGUGGUGUAAGCUGCCCCAUGAAGGUGCAGUUCGCUGGGGAAAUGUCAAGGACAGCAUUUCAGUUGGGAGUGAGGAAGAUAUUUAAUCAGGGAACAGAUGCAUUUGUGGUUGUGCUUAUUGUCUUUUUGCACCCACCUGCAGUUUCAGCUUUUUUAAAGGGGGAGCAAAGGGACAAGUGUCUUUUGAUAUGCAUACCAUGCACCACCACUAUUACUACUACUACUACUACUACAGUGGUACCUCAGGUUACAUACACUUCAGGUUACAUACGCUUCAGGUUACAGACUCUGCUAACCCAGAAAUAGUACCUCGGGUUAGGAACUUUGCUUCAGGAUGAGAACAGAAAUUGCGUGGCAGCGGCACAGCAGCAGCAGGAGGCUCCAUUAGCUAAAGUGGUGCUUCAGAUUAAGGACAGUUUCAGGUUAAGAACGGACCUCUGGAACAAAUUAAGUUCUUAACCUGAGGUACCACUGUACUACUGCUCAGGGCUGUCUUUAGCAUAUCCUGCACCGGGGUGCAAAGAACUGCCCAGCAGUUUUGGGGAGGCAGGCUAAAGUUUUUGAGCUUUGUUUAGGGAGACAGCUCAGAUUUGUUUUGCUUUUCUAGAGGGGCAUGCAACUCUCUCCCAUGCAGGUGGAGGGAGGAGAGCAAUCCCCACAGAGGCUUGGGAGGGAAGCUGCGUGCCUCAUGUGAGCAGCGUGCAUGCGCUGGGCGGGCCUCUCGAAGGCCCGCCAAUCCCAGGCACACAAGAGGGCGGAGCCGGCCAGCUGCCUCAGUGCCUGCAGCAGAGAAGCCUGCAGCGCUCUUGACGGGCUCUGCUCUGCUCAGCAGCAGCUGUUGGCUGGCCUCUUCAAUCCCCGGACUCCAAAUCUCGGCCUGGUGCCCCUGAGAGCCCCGCCCCCAGGUGCCCCACGCUCCUAGCGCUUAUGGGUAAGCCGGCCCUGCUACCACCACUACUAUACCACCCUAUACAGUCAUACCUCGGGUUGAAGUUGCUUCAGGUUGAGCUCUUUCGGGUUGCACUCUGCGGCGACCCGGAAGUAACGGAACAUGUUACUUCCAGGUUUCGACGCUCACGCAUGCGCAGAUAGUCAAAAUGACGUCACGCAUGGAAGCGGCGAAUCACGACCCGCAGAUCCGGGUUCCGUUUGCUUCUGGAUGCGAACGGGGCUCCGGAAUGGAUCCCGUUCCUAUCCAGAGGUACCACUGUACUCACAGAUCUCAACAUAAAAUCACAAUACAAAAACACAAAAUACAUAAUAAAAAUAAAACCAAGAACAACCCAAUAAUUCCCCCCUCCCCCCAAGUGGUUUAUUAUAUGCAUGCGUAUAUAUCGACAAGAUGUACAGAACAAAAGGCAUAAAACGGGUGAAUCGAUGAGAGAAAUAGGGGCUCUUGUGGAAUAAUUUCUCUGCAAGAUUAUUUUUAUUAUGUGUUUCAAAAAUAUACAAAUACAACGAAAGAGUCGUAGAAAAGGAGUGAAAACAAUCGUGUGGAAUAAUUGCUUGUUGUCCAAAACCUAGGGGUGGAGUUCUGUCCUUCCCCACUUACGGCCCCAAACUGGAUUUCCCUAUAAACCUUAGGGUGGCUGUCUGAACACUUCUCUGCCCCAUUCACCCCUGUUUUCUCAAAGUGGGCAAUGGGUGUGGACCUAAAGGCACCAUUUGGCCUUGAAUACGGAAGGCGUCCCAUUCGAAUUGCCUCUUUGCAUGUGUUCUGACGUUCCUUUUCUCGCCCUGAGGUCCAGCCCCCUCAACCCUUCCGCGGCAUCUGACCUCUCCACCUAUUCCACUGCCUCCUUGAUCAGUAACGAAGAACAGUUUGAAGACUACGGAGAAGGCGACGAUGUGGACUACACUCCCAGCAGCCCUUGCCCCGAUGACGAAAGCCGAACAAAUGCCUACUCGGACCUUGGCUCAUCUGUUUCUUCCAGGUUGGUACCGUAUUUUUCGCCCUAUAGGGCGCACCGGCCCAUAGGGCGCACCUAGGGUUUUUUUUGGGGGGGGAAUAAAUAAAGAAAAAAAAUAUAUUUCCCCCCCAGGCACGGGGCUGGGGCGGGGGAAGCCCGAGCUUCCCCAGACCCCAGACCCCAGAACAGGCUGCUGUCCGUAAGCCUUGGGAGCCCGGCGGGAACUCCCGCCGGACUCCCCAGGCUUGCAGAUAUCUGCCCGAAGCCCGGGGCACGCUCUGCUGCGCUCCCUGGGUUUCGGGCUGCAGGCUGCUGUCUGCAAGCCUUGGGAGCCUGGCGCGACUUCCUGCCGGGCUCCCAAGGCUUGUGGAUAGCUUCCUGAAGCCUGGAGAGCGAGAGGGGUUGGUGCGCACCGACCUCUCUCGCUCUCCAUGCUUCAGCGAAAGCCUGCAUUCGCCCCAUAGGACACACAAACAUUUCCCCUUCAUUUUUGGAGGGGAAAAAGUGCGUCCUAUAGGGCGAAAAAUAUGGUAAUUUGUGUCACUUAAACCAUAUCCUUCGCCCCCUGCUUCCUUCCUGGGGGUUGGAGAAACUGCCUCCUUAAUAUAUCCCAGAGACUUUUUUUUCUUUUUCUUUUUUUGGAGUUACUUCCUUUUUCACAAGUAUAAAAUCCAGCUUUUGCCUCUGCUUUCUCCUUUGUUUUGUUUUUUUGCUUCGGAGAGAACCUUGCAACUAUCUUUUCCAAACCCUAAGACAAAUUUAUGAGUCAUGACACACCAUGUAAUCUCAAAUUUACAAAGGUUUUCUUGUGUGUGUUUUUUAAAUCACAUUUUUUAUUAAGUUUUCAAAAAUGUAACACAUACAUUUCAAUACACAAUAAAACAUUUUUUUCUUUGCGAUUUUUGUCUACCAUAUUUUUUGCUCUAUAAGAUGCACCAGACCACAAGACGCACCUAGUUUUUGGAGGAGGAAAACAAGAAAAAAAAUAUUCUGAAUCUCAGAAGCCAGAACAGCAAGAUGGAUCGCUGCGCAGUGAAAGCAGCAAUCCCUCUUGCUGUUCUGGCUUCUGGGAUAGCUGCGCAGCCUGCAUUCGCUCCAUAAGACGCACACACAUUUCCCCUUACUUUUUAGGAGGGAAAAAGUGAGUCUUAUAUAGCAAAAAAUACGGUACUUCCCACCUUCUUUUCCAUUGUGUUUUUGUUUCUCUCUCUCUGCUGCACCUUGUCUUCUAUAUCUUAUAUCUUAACAACAUUACUAUAAUCUUUUAAGUUCUUCUGUUGCUUGUAGUUUAAAUCCUGCUCACAUAUCCAUCAUAUAAUAAUAUUUCUUUAAAUAGUCCGAAAAAGGCUUCCAUUCUUCCACAAAACCUGCAUCUUUAGGUUCUCUUAUUUUGGUUGUUAACUUUGCCAGUUCUGCAUAGUCUUACUUAUCCAUUCUUCUUUGGUGAGAACUUUUGGUUCCUUCCAUUUUUGUGUGCAUGCUGGGGGGUAUUAAUAUCAUUGUUGAAGAUGCUAUUGGAAAAGCAUUUAGGGAGCCUGGAUAGCAAAAUAAUUCUGUACUAGCGUUGCCAUAUUUCAAAAAGUGAAAAUCCAGACACAAACGUUCUUGACUUUUUUUGGCAAAGUAGUUGAGUUUCUGUUUUGGGUUUUGGGGGGGCAAAGUUGUUGAGUUUGUUAUUGUUGUUUUCAAAAAAAAUUGAAGUUUUAAACAUUUCCAGUAUGGGCUGCCAUACACCUGGGUUUUCAAAAAUUCCGCCCAGACGGCAGUUUCGACAGGCUAUGUCCAGGAAAUUCCAGACAUAUGGCAGCCCUAUCUGUACUAAAUCAUGAUGCUUAUUUAAAUAUCAGAGGUGGUGGUUUAUGCGAACAGGGAAUCUCCAGAGCAGCUUUCCCCAAGCCAGUGUUCUCUAGCUGUUCUGGACUCCACUGCCAUUGAACCCAGCCAUUUGCUGGGAGUUAGAACAACAUCUCGACGGCAUUAGGAUGAGGAAGGCUGCUGUAGAGACCUUUAAUCCACAUGGCAUGGAUGAACCCCUGAGUUAACAACUAUGCAUAUGAUAACACAUCCUAAGAGAAAAGUGGAAGUUGGUGGUGUUUCAGUAAGGCCAGAGGAACCUAGGCCAAGCCCUCCUCAUACUUGCUUACAUAAGUGUAGAGGAAGGAAUCAAUCCUAUCCAUCAAGCCAGGCUGUCAACAUUGGCUACAGUUUAGCUAAUGUUGAAUUUCACCUAUGGAAGUGUGACGUUAUUGGCCAAGUCCUCUUAUUCCUCUUGCCGCCUUCAUGUAGACAUUGAAGGAUCAAUGAGUUGUUACCAGAGGAUGGCAGGUAACUCAGCUCACUGAAUCAUGACUGAGCACAAUCCCCUAGAAGUCUAGGUAAAGGUAAAGGUAAAGGAACCCCUGACCAUUAGGUCCAGUCAUGACCAACUCUGGGGUUGCAGCGCUCAUCUCGCUUUAUCGGCCGAGGGAGCUGGCGUACAGCUUCCGGGUCAUGUGGCCAGCAUGACUAAGCCGCUUCUGGCAAACCAGAGCAGCGCACGGAAAUGCCGUUUACCUUCCCGCCGGAGCGGUACCUAUUUAACUACAUGCACUUUGACGUGCUUUCAAACUGCUAGGUUGGCAGGAGCUAGAACCGAGCAACGGGAGCUCACCCCGUCAUGGGGAUUCGAACCGCCGACCUUCUGAUCAGCAAGCCCUAGGCUCUGUGGUUUAACCCACAGUGCCACCCACCUCCCCUUCUAGAAGUCUACUGUGAAGCAAAGGAGUAAGUUCAAUGGCCUUCCUUCCAGGUGAAUGGGUAUAGGAUUGUAGCCUUAAUUGACUGAACCAUGUACUAUAUAUCCAUAAUCUAUCUUGGUCAAAAGCCAACAGUCAAGAGAAGGAGGACUGGAAUGUAUGUAGAUCAAGGUUUCCCAAACUUGGGUCUCCAGCUGUUUUUGGACUACAGUUCCCAUCAUUCCAGACCAGUGGCCUUGCUAGCUAGGGAAGAUGGGAGUUGUACUCCCAACAGCAGCUGGAGAUCCAAGUUUGCAAAACCCUGGUAUAAAUCAAAUAUAUCUGCACUGGCUCCUACUGUAAAAUCUCGCAGAUUUGGGGGUCAUACUAGGAACAGGGCAAUUUAGGCAACAACCUCCUGGGGUUAACACCCUGUUGCAGAUGUUGUGGUAAGAGCAAGACUGGUGUCAUCAUUCAAGAAGGGUGGAUUUGAUUUAUGGCUGGUCCGCACAGGACCCGUUUUAACACCUCUUUGCCUUUCUGCCAACAGUGCCGGCCAGACGCCAAGAAAAAUGAGGCAUAUUUACAAUAGCGAGCUGCUGGAUGUCUACUGCACACAGUGCUGUAAAAAAAUUAACCUGCUGAAUGACUUGGAAGCCAGGCUGAAAAACCUGAAAGCAAACAGGUGAGUAAACACAGUGGACUUGCAGGAACAUUUCAAGAGUCCUCAAGCAACCCUGGGCAUUGAUAGUGAUGUUAUAUUAAUAACUAGUAUUAAAUUAAAUUAAAUAAUUAAAUUAAAUUAAAAAUUAGUAAUAAAUGAAGAAGAAUAUGAUUUUAUUAUGGCUGCAGGCUGCAAUUCUGUGCACACUGAAUAGGUUAGUCGGGCUUGCUUCUGAGUAGACCUGCAUAGGAUUCCCUUUUAGUUGACUUUUCAUUGAUUGAAUAAAGUUGCACAUUAGUGAAACCUCAAUAUCUGUGUCAUUGUGAAAUUCUGAAAGAAGUAUAGGAUAAAUGGGGGGGGGGGGACUGGAUGUACAUUUCCAAAAUAUAAGAUAAAGAACACACAAAAUAAAACCUACAUACAGCAACAGUGUUUUGUGUUGUGUAUGGACCUAUUAGGUCCAUAAAUUACCAUAUAGCAUAUAUUCAACACAAAAAAACAGCGGCAAUUUGUUGUUGACAAAGGACAGCUGGACUUAUAAAGGGCCCCAUUACCUUCAGUGGCUUAGGGCCUCAUCAAACCUAGAUCUGGCCCUGGCCAUAAUGCAGAAAACCACAGCUUUGGGUUAACCUUAACUCAUCCUAUGUUGUUUCUUUUUUUUGUUUGUUUCUUCCAGCCCAAACAGAAAAAUAACAAGUACGGCUUUUGGCAGGUAAGAAUCAGCGCACAUUUCUACCUGAGACUUGACCCUUAAAUACAGACUUGUUUAGACAUUGGAGGCUUCUCCACUAAAGUGGCUCACAGAGCCCCCUUUCUUACUUCAAAGCAGCUGCUCUCAACCUGCGGGUCCCCAGAUGUUGUUGGACUACAACUCCCAUCAUCCCUGACCACUGGUCAUGCUGGCUAGGGAUGAUGGGAGUUGUAGUCCAACAACAUCUGGGGACCCGCAGGUUGAGAAACACUACUCCAAAGGGUCAAAGCAGCUGUCCUCUUGUCUUCCCAACAGGCAACUUUUCCACAACAGCAACUUCAGCAGCAGCAACGGCAGCACAGAGGACUUGUUCAGAGACAGCAUAGACUCAUGCGAUAACGAUAUCACAGAAAAGGUGAGGUGUCAUGUGGAACGGGUGGGGAACCACAACUCCCAUCAUUCCUGACUUCUAGCUACGCUGGUUGAGGCUGAUGGGAGGUGGAGUCCAACAACAUCUGGAGGGUCACUGGUUCCCCACCCUGGGGAUUUGCUAAUGUGCCAAAGCUGCUUUUUCUUAUCUGUCAGUUUAUAGUCCUGAGGCUUUCCUGAAGUCUCAUGCAGUGUGAGUGUGAUAUACGAGAGCCAGUGUGGUGUAGUGGUUAAGAGCGGUAGACUCGUAAUCUGGGGAACCGGGUUCGCGUCCCCGCUCCUCCACAUGCAGCUGCUGGGUGACCUUGGGCCAGUCACACUUCUCUGAAGUUUCUCAGCCCCACUCGCCUCACAGAGUGUUUGUUGUGGGGGAGGAAGGGAAAAGGAGAUUGUUUGAGACUCCUUCUGGUAGUGAUAAAGCGGGAUAUCAAAUCCAAAUCCAAACUCUAUACAGUCAUACCUCAUGUUAUGUCCGCUUCAUGUUACAUUAUUUCAGGUUACGCCCCGCGGCGACCCGGAAGUACCAGAAAGGGUUACUUCCAGGUUUCGUCGCUGGCACAUGCACAGACACGCAGAAUGACGUCAUGCGCAGAAGCGGCGAAUCGCAACCCGCGCAUGCGCAGACGCACCGCUGCGGGUUGCGUUCUUUUCAUGUUGCGAACGGGCCUCCAGAACGGAUCCUGUUCACAACCAGAGGUACCACUGUAGACAGAAACUGGGGAGCAAUUUUAAAUUAGGGAAAGUUUGGCUGAUGAAAUAAUGCCAAGCUCUUAGCAUAAUCCCUUUAUUUAUUUAUUUAUUUAUUUAUUUAUUUAUAUUAAAUUUGUAUGCCACCCGUCAUCUCAGGGCGGCUCACAACAUAAAAUGACAAGACAAAAACAUAAAAUACAUAAUAAAAACAACAAGAGGAAAACUACAAAGAAUACAAACUAUAGAAGAAGAGAACAAGAACAUACAUUUAAAGUAGAUUGGGAAGUGUUUAUUGAAUAUAUGGGGGAAAAUUGUGUGCAUUUGAAAACGUGGGCAGCAUUAAGAUAAAUUCAGCAGUGUAAAUAAGUUUUGGUGGAUGUAAUAAUGGAAUAUUGAAUGGUUUCCUUUAUAUGAGAUAUGCAGGGAUUUAUGCUAUGCAAAAUGAACCACGGAAAGAGAAGAAGGGAAGUCAUUUAAUAUUUUAAGGUUGUUUAAAUGAAUAUUCUAAAAUGUAAAACAGAAAAUUUAAUACAGUGGAACCUUGGUUGUCGAAUGCUUCGGAGGCCAAACAAUUCAGAACCCGAACACCGACAACCUGGAAGUGAAUACUUCCGUUUUUGAUCGAUUUUUGGAAGCCAAACGGCUUCCGAGGCCCGUUUUUCAUUUUUCUCCAUUGACUUUGCAGUCAGCCCAUUGGUCCUCGGUUUUCGAACGUUUCAGAAGUCGAAUGGUCUUCCGGAACGGAUGACAUUCGAAAACCGAAGUUCCACUGUAAAAAAAUAUAUAGAAAAAACUAGGGGUGGUGAACCCAUGCCCUGCAGGCCAAAUCAGGCCCACGAAGCAAUUUCGGUGGUCCGCCAGCCCCCAGCAGUGGUGAAAUUCUUUGUGACACCCAAAUUGGUGCUGAAUGAGAUCUUCUUCUUCCUACACACAGUCAAUGCAAGCAGAUAAAGUGCACUCUGAUACUCUCUCAACAUUGCCCAAGCUGUUACUGUUUGUAAACCAUUAAGAUUAACUCACUCGGUAGAGCAUGAGUCUCUUAAUCUUAGGGUUGUGGGUUCGAGCCACACAUUGGGCAAAAGAUUCCUUCAUAGCAGGGGGUUGGACUAAAUGACCCUCAUGGUCCCUUUCCAUCUCUAUGAUUCUAAUAAACUGUUAAGGGUCUAACUUUCUCUUUCCUCCAGUCUAUAUUUUCUGUAAACCCUCUAGCAGUGAUGGCCAAAGUUGGCCCUCCAGCUGUUUGGGGACUACAAUUCCCAUCAUCCCUGACCACUGGUCCUGUUAGCUAGGGAUGAUGGGAGUUGUAGUCCAAAACAGCUGGAGGGCCAACUUUGGCCAUCACUGCGUUAUGGGCAGAAGCUUACAUCCCUGUUCGUUUUUUGUUGUUGUUUAGUCAUUUAGUUGUGUCCGACUCUUCAUGACCCCCUGGACCAGAGCACGCCAGGCACUCCUGUCUUCCACUGCCUCCCACAGUUUGGUCAAACUCAUGCUGGUAGCUUCGAGAACACUGUCCAACCAUCUCGUCCUCUGUCGUCCCCUUCUCCAUCUUUCCCAACAUCAGGGUCUUUUCCAGGAGUCUUCUCUUCUCAUGAGGUGGCCAAAGUAUUGGAGCCUCAGCUUCAGCAUCUGUCCUUCCAGUGAGCACUCAGGACUGAUUUCCUUCAGAAUGGAUAGGUUUGAUCUUCUUGCAGUCCAUGGGACUCUCAAGAGUCUCCUCCAGCACCAUAAUUCAUAUUAUACAUAAUUAUACAUAAUUCGUUUUUAUAGGUUACUUAUUUAGAGAAAAAGGUGACGGAACUGGAAAAUGACAGCAUGACAAACGGUGACCUGAAGAGCAAAUUGAAACAGGAGAACACACACCUGGUUCACAGGUAAUCUAGUAUACUGCCUGCUGUUUUGUUUCUGCAGCCUCCACAAAGCCUUAUUGAGAACCUUAGGCAGAGCAAGGACUCCAGCAACACUGGAAGUGAUAAUGAUCACUUGGACCUGCUGGCUGUCUGCUUUCAAAACGAUUUCCCUCAAAACAGAGAUGUUUAGAAUAUUUGCAAGAGCUGUGAUUUGAGGGUGGGCGGGAAAGUCUCUUUAAAAAAAGGAGUUUCUUUGGCCUAAGAUUCAGGGUCAGACCAGAUGCGAUACUCAAUGUAUUAUUAGCAACUGUCUUUUUAUUAAAUUUUUAUGUAUUUAUUUCAUUUUAAUAUAUUUUUAAUCGUUUGUUGGAAGCCGCCCAGAAUGGCUGGGGAAACCCAGCCAGGUGGGCAGGGUAUAAACAAUAAAUUAUUAUUAUUAAAUUAUUAUUCUAAUAGAAUAAGAGAUCAGCACAAUGGACAAUUUAUGGAAGAGUGGAAGCCUAUUUUUCAUUAUUUGAGAAAAUAUAACAACCAAAUGAAAUCGCAGGCAGGAUUUACUUCUGUUUGCUGUUUUGGUUUGGUUUGGUUUUCUGCAAAAAAAAAUUUGAAUGAUUUUCCAAAUUUUAUCCCAAUUAUACAAAUUAUUUCUAAAUUAAUAAAAUUUUGUUUAAGUGACUUUCCACACACCGUUCUUGAUGUGUCCUUAACAUCUGGUGACACUACGUUUACAAAUACUGAUUUACUUCUAGUUACAUUCCGUUUUGCAAAAUUAUCCCUUAGUCAACAGCAGUACUCUUAACUUAUUUAUUUGUUUUUAUCCUGUAUUUUAUCCUGUGAACCGCCCUGAGAUCUUACGACGAAGGGCGGUAUAUAAAUCAAAUACUGUAAAUAAAUUGGCGACCUUUUUCUUUUUUUGCUUAAGAGUUCACGAACUCGAAGAACUCUUGAAAGACCAAGAGACGUCAGCUGAGCAGACUCUGGAAGAAGAGAUAAAGAGGCACAGAGAAGCAUAUAGCAAGUACGAGAAAGAGAAGAGCACGGAAAUCGAACUGCUGAACACAAGGUAAUAUUCACUGUUACCCUGCUGGCUUUCCUCAGUCAUGCUUGCCUCUACGAACGGCUUCGUUUCCAAGUUGCAACAGGGAUGACUAUCUAGGGAACAAAAUGUGAACAUGUGAACAUAAGCCCCAAGACGAGCAGUCUUCUGAAAUGUGGACUAUCAAGGUUUCUUUACAUGCAGGGACGCGGGUAGCGCUGCGGUCUAAACCACUGAGCCUCUUGGGCCUGCCAAUCAGAAGGUAGGCGGUUCGAAUCCACACGGCGGGGUGAGCUCCCGUUGCUCUGUCCCUGCUCCUGUCAACCUUGCAGUUUGAAAGCACACCAGUGCAAGUAGAUAAAUAGGUACCACUGUGGCGGGAAGGUGAUCAGUGUUUCCAUGCGCUCUGGCUUCUGUCAUGGUGUUUCGUUGCACCAGAAGCUGUUUAGUCAUGCUGGCCACAUGACCCGAAAAGCUGUCUGUGGACAAACGCCGGCUCCCUCGGCCUGAAAGCGAGAUGAGCGCCACAACCCCACAGUUGUCUUUGACUGGACUUAACUGAAGAAGAAGAGUUUGGAUUUGAUAUCCUGCUUUAUCGCUACCCGAAGGAAUCUCAAAGCAGCUAACAUUCUCCUUUCCCUUCCUCCCCCACAACAAACACUCUGUGAAGUGAGUGGAACUGAGACUUCAGAGAAGUGUGACUAGCCCAAGGUCACCCAGCAGCUGCAGGUGGAGGAGCAGAGACGUGAACCCGGUUCCCCAGAUUACGAGUCCACCACUCUUAACCACUACACCACACUAGUCGCCUUUGACUGGACUUAACCAUCCAGGGUCCUUUAACUUUACCUUUUACAUGCAGGGAGAAAUUCUGUAUCUAGGCAUUUAAAAUCCCAUGCCAAGGAAAACUGUAUAUGCAACCGCAUGAAACUUCCCAAAAGCUGCUGUUAAUGCAAGAUACUUCUCUGUGGUUGCUGUCUGGAACUAUGCAUCAUUGACCUAUGCAUUUCAAGACAUAUUUCUCAGCUAUAAGGGCUAGAAACUUGUACGCUUUUUCAAAAAUAAAUCUCUGGAGGGUGAAUUCUCAAUACCACACUUGGCUCUUCCUCCGUGCUCCUGCAAAAUUGCUGCAUCCACACAGCCCUAACUAGGCAUCUGCAGCAAACUGUUUUAUUUCCCUAGGCUUUUAAUAAACGUUGGCAUUGCUCUUUUGUUCCUGUUUUUAUGCUCUUCACUGGGGUAUUCUGGCUUGGAUUUGUUUUUGGUAAUACACUCUGUUUUUAGUUUUGUUUUUAUUUUAAGUCUGUUUGUUCAGGCAUGUUGGAAACUCACUGGAAUGGGAAAGCAGGAUUUAAAUCGGUUCCUAAUGAAUACAAUAGACAAAUGGGGACUCUUUUUCUUGUUAUUAGUUUAGAAGGAAACAAACGUAUGAUAGACCAAUUUCUGAUAAUGGCUGAGAAUGUUAUGGGUCUUAAGUCACAUUUGGGGCGGGGGAGGGAGGGCAAGCAGGCAGGAGAAUCUUAGAACAAUUUCUUGGGCCAAAGAAAAUACUGAUUAGAAAAACUGGUACGAUUUUUUUAAAAAAACCAGCCCUGACGCUGAGCAUUGUGCUUUGAAAAUCGGACUCCUCAGUGGCUGAUGUUCAGUUGUACGUUGCCAGUUGGCAAAAGAAGAUACUUUUUGGGUGCAGUCAUUUAUUUUUCUCCUUCAAUUUCAGGGUUCAGCAGCUCGAAGAGGAAAACUGUGAACUCAAAACCACCGUUUUGCGGCUGAAAUCGCAAAGCGAGAAACUGGAUGAGGUAAUGGAGCUCUUGAAUAUUUUUAUUAUUAUUUUUUGCCACCUUAACUUUCAAUUGCAGCAGGUCUGUCACCUCUUAAGUCCUGACAGGUCUAUAGCAUGAAUUUUGCCUUUAUGUCAUUUUAUUCCUAAAGGUAUUUGUAAACUGGCAGCCCCUAAUAAAAUAUCAUGACGGCAUACAAAUCUGCCAUUGGAUAAAGCUCCUACAGUGGUACCUCAGGUUACAUACGCUUCAGGUUACAUACGCUUCAGGUUACAUACGCUUCAGGUUACAGACUCCACUAACCCAGAAAUAGUGCUUCAGGUUAAGAACUUUGCUUCAGGAUGAGAACAGAAAUCGUGCUCCAGCGGCACGGUGGCAGCAGGAGGCCCCAUUAGCUAAAGUGGUGCUUCAGGUUAAGAACAGUUUCAGGUUAAGUACGGACCUCCAGAACUAAUUAAGUUAUUAACCCGAGGUACCACUGUAUUGGCUUCAGUGGAUCAAGAAGCCUUCUUAUUAAGCAUUUGGGAAUUGGAAAACCCUGGCAUCUACUGUAAAUCACAAAGUGAUAUGCCACCAUAUCCCAAUCUACCAUAUGCAAACCUCUAGGACAAAUAAAACGGGAGGGGAGGCAACUGAGAGCUGAUAAAUGCCUUUGGAAGAAUUGCAUGGCAGAGCCCUAUGUCAUGGGUAGGCAAACUAAGGCCCGGGGGCCGGAUCCGGCCCAAUCGCCUUCUAAUUCUGGCCCACGGACAUUCCGGGAACCAGCGUGUUUUUACAUGAGUAGAAUGUGUCCUUUUAUUUGAACUGCAUCUCUGGGUUAUUUGUGGGGCAUAGGAAUUCGUUCAUUUAUUUUUUUAAAAAAAAUAUAGUCCGGCCCCCUACAAGGUCUGAGGGACAGUGGACCGGCCCCCUGCUGAAAAAGUUUGCUGACCCCUGCCUAUGUCAUCUGUGCCUCUUAUUUUGUUUGUUUGAAUUUUUAGGCCACCCUACACCUGGAGGUCUCAGGGCGGUUCACAGAAAAGAUCCCAAUAUAUAAAAUCAAAAUAAAAACAAUAACCCAAUAACACCCCCCCCAAAAAAGAGCCACAUUUUAAAAGGAUGUCAAUCAGAUCAACCAAAGGCCUGGUUAAAAAGGAACAUUUUUGCCUGGCGCCUAAAGCUAUACAAUGAAGGCGCCAGGAGAACUUCCCUGGGGAGAGCAUUCCACAGGCAGGGAGCCACUGCAGAGAAGGCCCCGUUCUCGUGUUGCAACCCUCCGGACCUCUCGAGGAGGAGCCACACGAAGGAGGGCCUCAGAAGUUGAUCUUAGGGUCUGGGUAGGUUCAUAUGCAGGCAUAGGCAGACUCGGCCCUCCAGAUGUUUUGGGACUACAACUCCCAUCAUCCCUAGCUAACAGGACCAGUGGUCAGGGAUGUUGGGAAUUGUAGUCUCAAAACAUCUGGAGGGCCGAGUUUGCCUGUGCCUGUUCAUAUGGAACGAGGUGGUCUCUUCAGUUGUAGGAAAUUGCCUGUUUUGAAUGCUCACCCGUGUUAAAAAAACACUGCCCUAGAAAAACCAACAUUCUAGCAUUUUUCACAACAGUUUUCUGUACACAAGGAGGGCUUUUUGUUUGAUUUGGUGUUUGUUUACAUUGGGGGGCAUUCAAAACAGUCAAGCCUUCUCCCCUCUGAAAUGACACCAUUCCAGGAGGCCAAAGACAAAAUAUUUCUCCCGAAUAUACAGAGUGACUCUUGGGUUGUAGGCAGCUUGUAACUUCUUUCUUCGUUUUCCUCAGGAGAGGCAGCGAAUGUCAGACCGAUUGGAAGACACCAGUCUGCGGCUCAAAGAUGAGAUGGAUUUGUAUAAAAGGAUGAUGGACAAGCUGAGACAGAACAGGAUGGAAUUUAACAAGGAGAGGGAGGCUACUCAAGAGGUAGGUAACCAUUUUUAAUGGGGCAAGGCUAAUAUUGCCCGUGUGUAGGGGUAAAUAAAGACUGGAACUUCUUAAAUAGAAAUUGGUUGGCAUCCAAUUUCUGUCUCAGGAGACAAUGGAAGCGUGUGCCUUUGGGGAUGAAGUCAAACUGUUGGAAGGUUACAGCAACAGCUGAGAGAGAUACAGGACAGACAUGUUUUGUUGCAGCUAGGGAGAGGAAGGCGUCCAGUUGUGCUACUGCAGAUACACCAUGGCGUUGCUUCUCUUUACACUCCCCCCAGAGGUCCUUUCAAAAUUGCUCCUUCAGGUAUACUGGGCCGAGGCUGUUUAGGGCUUUAAAGGUUGGCACCAACACUUUGAAUUGUGUUCGGAAACGUACUGGGAGCCAAUGAAGAUCUUUCAGGACUGGUGUUAUAUGGUCUAGGCAGCCAGUCACCAGUCUAGCUGCCACAUUCUGGAUUAAUUUCCAGUUUCCGAGUCACCUUCAAAGGUAGCCCCACAUAGAGCGCAUUGCAGUAGUCCAAGCAGGAGAUAACUAGAGCAUGCAGCACUCUAGCGAGACAGUCCGCGGGCAGGUAGGGUCUCAGCCUGCGUACCAGAUGGAGCUGGUAGACAGCUGCCCUGGACACAGAAUUGACCUGCGCCUCCAUGGACAGCUGUGAGUCCAAAAUGACUCCCAGGCUGCGCACCUGGUCCUUCAGGGACACAGUCACCCAAUUCAGGAUCAGGGAGUCCUCCACACCCACCCGCCCCCUGUCCCCCAAGAACAGCACUUCUGUCUUGUCAGGAUUCAACCUCAAUCCGUCAGCUGCCAUCCAUCCUCCAACUGCCUCCUCUCCAAAGGCUCAGUUUGAAACAAGCCCAAUUCAGACAAGUGAAUUGAUUCCAGGCGCAUGCAUGUGGAAAGGGUUCUAUCUCUAUAGCAGGAAAUCAGGAAAUGGGUUGUUUUUUUCUGGCUGUGUUGUUGCUUCGUCCUGUCAGGUACAUUUUUAAGUUGUCAGUUGGCUGUGUACCGCCAGAUUCCGUUCUGUAUGUUGGCUUAACAAAUUGUAUUCUCUGUGUCCUGUUUCUUCUCCCCACACAGCUUAUUGAGGAUUUGCGGAAGGAGCUGGAACAUUUACAGUUGUAUAAGCUAGAAUGUGAGCGGCCUGGUCGAGGGAGAAGCUCUUCCUCCAGCUUGAGCGAAUUCAAUGCGAAGACGAGAGAGGUGGAAAUGGAACAUGAAAUUAAAAGGCUAAAGCAGGUGAGGUGUCCUUGGGGCUGGAGUGAGGGAGAGUUAGAAACCUCCAUCCCUCUUUCAGGAGGAGCAGAAGAAAGCAACUUUUUCAUUGUUGCAAUGCGGAAAUAUCCACAAUGGUAUGCGGGCUGAUGUUUUCAUAUUCAGCCUGAUGCAAAAUUUACUUCCUUUCUCCUCUCCUUCCUCUCUUGAUAGGAGAAUCAGAAGCUUCGUGACCAGAACGAUGACCUUAACGGGCAGAUUCUUAGUCUUAGUCUUUACGAAGCCAAGAACCUUUUUGCGACACAAACAAAAGCCCAGUCAUUGGCCGCUGAAAUUGAUUCUGCCUCCAGAGAUGAGGUAAAGUGUGAAAAAGAAAUAGUUUGCAGCUGAUUAAGUGAGUGCGCUGGCAGAGCAUGUGUGUGCGCAUCUACACACACACCACACACACACACACAUAUGUCUAAUAAUAAUAAUAAUAAUAAUAAUAGUUUAUACUCUACCCAUCUGGCUGGGUUUCCCCAGCCACUCUGGGUGGCUCCCAACAGAAUAUUAAAAACACAAUAAAACAUCAAACAUUCAAAACUUCCCAAAACAGGGCUGCCUUCAUAUGUCUUCUAAAAGUCAGAUACUGUAGUUGUUUAUUUCUUUGACAUCUGAUGGGAGGCCGUUCCACAGAGCAGGCGCCACUACCGAGAAGGCCCUCUGCCUGGUUUCCUGUCACCUCACUUCUCACAGGGAGGGAACCGCCAGAAGGCCCUCGGAGCUGGACCUCAAUGUCCGGGCUGAGCGAUAUUAGUGGUAAGAUUGCAAUAUCUUGAGCAGACAAGAUACCGAUAGAAUUUUGAGACCAGUUUUCUAAGCACUGCCCAGAUUUCUGUGGGAGGCUUGCUUUGAAACAUUGGUUGGUGUAAUAAAAAAACAAAAAAACAGGGCCUCCUUAUCAUGAAAGGUGGGCAGAAUUAUUCCAAAGCUGUUCACCUAAGUUAAUAAGGGAGGGGGGUCCUGCCACCUGACCUUACAAAUACACACAAGGGCUGGGAAUUGGUGGGAAAAGGUAGAGGAGGGAGAUCAGUCUUUAAAGCCACAACAAAGCGAUGAUCAAAAGUGGGCAUUUAUAUCCAGCUUAGGGUCCAGGCGGAUGAUCUUCUGUUUGGCUUGAUUAGCACUUGGUCACUCUUAUUCCUUUGGCCGAAAGAUUGGACCAAAGUGUCCUUUCCCCUCAUUUAUGCAGUCAACUGGCUGUUGGAGCAGAGUGUUCUUGCUGUUGAAGAACAGGGGAAGGAAGAGCCCCUUCUCUAGCCAACAGAUGGGGCAGCCUGCUUAGUCUCCCCUUUGUCAUUGUAUUCUUCCCGGAUGGCUGGGGGAGCAGCCUCCUCGUGGCCCCGAGUGCGAAGUGUGCUGCCUUCAGCUCUGUAGUCACUGGGCGAUGUAGAAUCGUUGAGUUGGGUCAUCUAGUCCAACCCCCUGCAAAACUGGAAUCCUACCUGCAGCCACCCCUGGGUGGAUUCGAACCACCAACCUUCUGGUUAACAGCCAGACACACUGACCCAUUUGAAUACAGAGUUAGCAGCAACUGACACCAGCGCUGCACAGCCUUUUGCUAGAUUCCUUAUGGUCCAUUGGUACAGAUUACUGGUAAAUUUAUAAAGCAAGAAUGCACAAUCAAUGAGUUUUUGACGAGUCAGAGCAAACUAUAAUUAGCAACAGUAAUAGUAUUAAUACCUGCCCCAGCAGCCCUUGCAAGAAUUCUGGCACCCAGCAGGCAUCAAUUGGUCUGCUAGGAAAUAACCAUGAUGGACCAUGAUCUGUCUUCUCCUUUGCUAUAUAGAGCAACUGUAUUAAUAUUUCUGUACCAUGAGGAACCUUUGCUAAACUAAGCUUUGACUUCUAAGAGAAACUGAAAUAUCUGUAAAGAUAAAUAAAAAGCUUUUUUUAAAAAAAAUUAAAAAACUUUUUCCAGUUGUAUUUUAUUCAAGUGAGAAUAUGAUUUGACAUUUAGGGAGUUAUGGUAAAGGAGCUUUUGCAAGGGGACAGGGAUCAAAAGCUGAAGAUUCGUGAGAUUUCUAAGGCUUAUGAACUCCCAGAGUCUCUAAAGGUAAAAUGCAAUAGAUGAUACAGACAUGCUGUAGCUGUAGCAAACAAAUAGUGUGCUGAAAAUAAGAAAAUCAAGAUAGAAUUUUCUUUCCUGUAUAUUGCAGUGUCUUCCAAACUUUAUUUAUGUGGCAGGACGCGGGUGGCGCUGUGGUCUAAACCACUGAGCCUCUUGGGCUUGCCGAUCAGAAGGUUGGCAGUUCGAAUCCCCACGAUGGAGUGAGUUCCCAUUGCUCUGUCCCCGCUCCUGCCAUCCUAGUAGUUCAAAAGCACACCAGUGCAAGUAGAUAAAUAGGUCCGGCUGUGGUGGGAAGGUAAACGGCGUUUCUGUGCGCUGUGGUUUCCGUCACAGUGACCUGUUGUGCCAGAAGUGGUUUAGUCAUGCUGGCCACAUGACCCGGAAAGCUGUCUGUAGACAAACGCCGGCUCCCUCGGCCUGAAAGCGAGAUGAGCGCCGCAACCCCAUAGUCGCCUUUGAUUGGACUUAAUAUGGUUUUUCUUGUCUGUCUGCUGCCUGGGUUAAAGUAUCCAAAAAGGUAGUUAAAUUCAUGUCCUUCUUCAUACUAUACACAUAGUUAAACCGGAGAAUAAACUUCCCAAAGAUGUAGUGCUAUCUUUGAAUGGCAAUGGCGCCCACCUGAGAGGUGCCGGAACUAAGUUCCAGAGGGUUCCGGCUGGAAAAAAGCCCUGACACUUUCCCUCAUCCUCCCACCCUUCAAAAAACAACAAAAAGGUUCUGGGUUGAGGAGGGAGAAGGCGCAGCGCCUCAUUUGGAAGGGGAAGCGCUUCACCCUUUAAAGUUUGGACACUUUGGGAAAGAAGACAGAGCUAGCUUUUGACUAGCCUGUGUUAAGUUUACGUUCAUGCCCACCCUCCUUGAAACUUGUGUGCCUUUCUGCUACUUUGUGGUCUCCCUUUCUCUGCAAAUGCACAGCAAGAAAGAGAGGAACCUGUGGCAGAGCUAGGUAAAGGUUGGUUUGGUUCAGUUCUCAUUGGGGGGCAAAUACAGGGGGAUAAUAAGAGUUGGGUUUGGAAAUAUGAGCCUCAACUGCCUUUUUAACCACCUGACCUGUUUGAUUCACUGAUAGGUGAGGGUGGGGGUGGCGGGGAGAGACCGGGAAAUCUCCACACCAUCCCCUCCCCUGCCUGGUCCAUAAGACGCACCUAGUUUUUAGAAGUGGAAUGCAAGGGGGGGGGAAAUAUUUAAAAGGAGCGCUGAGCAGAGCCUGUAUGCAUCCCAGGCUCUGCUCAGCGCUCCCUUUCACGAGCCACGUGGAGCGUGUGUGCAGCGCUUGCGGGCUUUUCCCCAAGGAGGGAAAAGCCCCCAAGAGCCACACACAUGCUCCGCGCGACUCUUGGGGGCUUUUCCAGGAGGUAGGGGAAGGGGCAGAGGGGCUAAGCCAGAAGCUAGAACAGCAAGAGGGAGCGCUGCACAGCGAUCCCUCUUGCUGUUCUGGCUUCUGGGAUAGCUGCGCAUCCUGCAUUCGCUCCAUAAGACACACACACAUUUCCCCUUACUUUUUAGGAGGGAAAAGGUGUGUCUUAUAGAGUGAAAAAUACGGUAAUCUCCAUUAAAAUAAGCUGGAGGCCAAAGUGUGCCUGAUCGCUCAGUAGCUCGGGGUCUUUAUGUCAUGUCGCAAUGGAGGUUUUUGACGUAGUCCUUCCUCGUUUCAGCUCAUGGAAGCCCUCAAAGAACAGGAAGAGAUCAACUACAGACUGCGCCAAUACAUGGACAAGAUAAUCCUCGCCAUUUUAGACCACAACCCAUCCAUCCUGGAAAUAAAAAACUGAAGACUUGGAGCAAGGAAGGAGAAGCAAGUAGAGCCUUGCAUCUGAUGGGAUGCUGUUGGAUCCAAAUAUCACUCUGCUACUGUAAAUGAACCUAUAUAUAUAUAUAUAUACAUAUAUAUCCACACACACAUAUACUAUAUAUAUAUAUAUAUAUAUAUAUAUAUAUAUACAUAUAUAUAUACAUAUAUAUAUACACACACACUCUCGUGUGGAUGCACAGGACGUGUUUAUAUGAGGUUUGGUACACCUUGUCUGUGAAUCAUAAUUUGGCUCAGUCUGUUUUUUCCCAUGCACUUUCACUACUACUUGGGGGUGGAGAGGGAGAGAAGAGACUGUUACGGGAUUGUAACGAAAUAACCACAUAAGUAACUGGAUUUGCACUGUUUUUAGAUACUGGACACACACACAAAAAUGACACUACCUCUAGAUGCAAGGAGACAAAGACAAUGUGAGCAUAUCUAGUGCCAGUCCUCCCUACCCCAAACAAUGCGGAGUCCCAUGUCUUAUCAGUUUUCACCCCUUCCUCUUGCCGUAAAUGUGUAGCGGGUCCAGGUUUGAUUCACAAGCACUGAUAGUUUUCCCUUUUUGUCAGUGUUGUGCUACUUAAGCUACAGGAAGGUCAGUGCUGCCAAAAAGAAUGUAUGUAUGAUACAGAAGGGGAAAGAGUAUAGAAUUUUUAUUUUUUAAACACACACACGCAUUUGCCUCCUCUCUAGAAAAAAACACUUUAAAAAUGCUCAAAGUACAUGGUUAUGAAUCCUCUAGGGCAGCUGAUAGUAUUACGCAGAACCAUGUGUCCAAGCAUGUAAUAGGGCUGGGGUUUUGCCAAUGUUGUUCUGAGCUUCACACCUGCAAAGCUGUUUUCAGAAUUUUUAUUUCUUUUUGCAUCGAAAUUUUCACUGGGCUUCAUCAAGGACUGCUACUGGAGAUUAGACUGUUUGCUGCACCAGGCAACAAAUGCGAGCUGACUUUGGUCACAUGAAACGCACUGUGCUUUCAUAGCCUUAGCAGCCGCCGUAUUAAAAUGUGGGCUUGGCCACCCACUGAAGGCUAGUAAGUUUUCCUAGGGUGGGGUGAGGCUGCGUGCUUUGCAAACAGAAAUCAACAAACAGGAGAUUUUGUUGCUACUGCUGCUUUAGAUCUGGGCAAACCUUCCCCUGCUGAUUUGUGCCUAUUUACAAAGCCAUUCAAGGCGCAAAUUAAUUUAAGGAAUGGGGGCGAACCUACAGAUGCUUCAUUUAACAGGCAUCCAAAGCCUUGCAGAAAGACCUGUGACUGCAGUGAACCAUGUGCUUCAUUGAAGAACAAAGUUGUUUUUUUAAUUCUCUGAAGCAUCAGAAACAUCGCUUCUUUAUACACAACAUUUAUCCAGCUUGAUGGCUCUUGAGCUCAGCUUUUUUGUGAGUCACCAGAUAUGCAGACACUUGUGCUAUUGAUUCUGGGUGUGAUCACUGGAAAAAUCAGGAUUGAUCACCUCCAUCUCCAUUGUGUGCCGCCUAAAAGCAUUCUCAAGCUCACUCUGGCUUUUCCUUUUCUUUUUUCACUAUUUAAUCUGGGGUAGGGAACCUGGCGCCCUCCAGUUGUCAUUGGAUUCCAUCUCCCGUCAGCCGUAGUCAGCUUGGCCAAUGGUGAGUUCUCCAUCCCUAACUUAAAACCACGGCUUUGCAGCGUGGUCAUCCAUUUUUUUCCAUUCCAUAUCCAAAAUAAACCCGUACAAAUUUUACCUUUGGGCUGUGGGGAAAAUUGGUAGCGAAAUAACACCAUGUUCCCAGACCAUGGUGACUAUCAUUUUUGGCUUGUCCCAACUCAAAGAUGCCUUGUGACAGCUGCUUCACAGAUAACACAUUAGCUGCAUGGACGCAGCAUGUCUGUUGUUGAAUUUGAUAAUCAGGCACACACAUGUAUUAGAGUGGUGGGGUGAGAACUCAAUCACAUGGGUUUCCUGCUAUAUCAUACUCGAUAGUGGUUUACAUGCAGAAAAUACAGAGUAUGUAAAAACAUCUGCAAGACUUGGGUGAUGCUUGUAUCUGUUAGCACCUGUUGCGUAUUCAUUCCCUAACUGAUCACAGCCUUCAGUUCCAAGUUAAAAAACAGACUUGGUGCUGGUGUUUUGUUUUUGUUUUGUUUUAAAAAAGAAAGUUGGAUGUGUAGACGUCUAGGGUCUGUAGCUACCAAAAAUAAACUGAAAGACAGAAUCUCUUGGGUAUUAAUCAUUUUAAAAACCAUCUAGCAAAAGUGUUUUGCAAUAAAACACUCUCAACCCCUCCGCCCCUCACUUUGAUUUCUAGAUAUAAAAUGGUUCUGUGGAAAUCAUGAUCAAAAUUCUUCUGCGGUCUCACAUUUCAUGUCCAAACAAGCAUUAGCUUUUUGGGCAACCAUAUAUUUGGCAACCAAUGAUACAUUUUCCUUUCUUUUGGGAAAGAGAUGGGAAUGCAAUUCAUAAGCAGAAUAGGGGGUGAGCUAUCUGAGAGUUAGGAGUCUGCAUGCGUUCGACAUGCCCAUGGUGUUUAUUUUGCUCAUGUGAAAUCGUACGUCUCUCCCUACGCCUUGUGAAGCAGCCUUCUUCCUAUAUUUGAUGUCCUCCCAGAUGUUUUGAACUACACCUCUCAUCAUCCCUGACUGCUGGCUAUGCUGGCUGAAGAUGAUGGGAGCUGGAGGCAAACAACAUUUUGGAGGUUUGGGGUAGGCGGCUGAAGAGAAAUGCUUGGAAAUGUGUUGACUGCGUCUGUAGAAGUUUCAUGAUCCAAAUAACGCAUUGGGGUAACUGACACACCUCAAAGAGUAGGGUGGUAUUUUGGUGCCUUGGAAAACUCCCUCGCCUCUUUCCACUGCCACCAAUGAUCUUCCCUAUAGGUUCAUUGCAUCUGAGACCUGGGUGUGCCCUAAAGUAAUCUCUUUUUUUCUGAAGCAUUUUAUUACAGCUACACCCCGGAGCUGUUUAGUAUCAAAUCUCCUUGAUAUCAAGCAACUCUUGCCAAACAUCUGGGACAAAUUCAGCCAGUGUAGUGAUAUGAAGUAAUCUAGAAAACAAACCAGGUUGUCUCCUUUGAAAAUAUGCCUCUAUAUUAUUAUUCGAAUGGAUAUAUCUAAGACAAAACAGGAUGCCCUUCGCAAAAGGGCAGAAAGGAGAUUCAAUGGUUUCCUCUGAAAUGGGAUGACCAAUUAAAAUUAUUCUAUAUGAAGCAUUCAUGUAUGCUUCUGUAUCUCUUUCCUUUGGGUUGCCUACAGAUUUCUCCCACUUGAUGUUGUGAUCAUAUACACUAGCCUUUCUCAACCUGUGGGUCCCCAGAUGUUGUUGAACUACAACUCCCAUCACCCCAGCUAACAAGGCCAGAGCUCAGGGAUGAUGGGAGUUGUAGUCCAACAACAUCUGGGGACCCACAGGUUGAGAACCGCUGAUAUACACCAAUAGCAAGCUACCUGAGUCCCCAUCCUUAUGAAGCCAAAACAGCACCAUCUAAACAUAAGGGGCAGGGGCAGGCUUGAGGGAACCCAAAGUUUACAGACAUUUACAAAGAUCUUUAGGAAGCAAACUCUGAGGAGGAAUGUCCAGUGCAUCUCAAGUGAGGACUGAGUAUGUGCAGAGGGCACUGAAUGUUGAUUUACGGUCAGGGAUGAAAAUGGGGAGUUUCUUGGGGGAAGGCACGGCUGACUGGAACCCUGAACAGGAGUGCGCCACACAGCAGCUUCCUAUUGCAUGUCCAACAUGUAAGGGAUCAGUUGCAGUUGAUUGAAGAGAUGGGGAGGUGGAUGAAUGGGAUGGGAAUCGUGAGAGACCAAGAAGAGUAUUAGCAGAAUCAAACCAGGAAGCCACCAAAAUUAUCCAUAGCACUGGGAAAAGGAACAGGAUGGGCCGUGGUAAUAUUGGUGACAACAGAGCAAGAAACUCUUAAAGUCCAGUGGAUAUUUAUGGUGGUUCCCACCGCAGUGAGAGUAAUAAUAAUGGGAUGAUAAUUAUGCCAGCUCUUUUUAAUUGCAUUGCCGGCUGAACUUCUAACAUCACCUCUCCAUUUGGCACGCGUAACUUUUGAAAUGCACUGACGUUUACUUCCGCCGUGCCACUGCUAAAUUUUUAGUUGCGGUCAUGGCAGAAAGCAAAAAAAGUUUGCUGAACUUCAUCUCUCUCUCCCCUGCCCCCACUUUGUGGUGUGUAUUACAGUGGUACCUUGGGUUACAUACGCUUCAGGUUACAUACGCUUCAGGUUACAGACUCCACUAACCCAGAAAUAUUACCUCGGGUUAAGAACUUUGCUUCAGGAUGAGAACAGAAAUCGUGCUCUGGCGGCGCAGCGGCAGCAGGAGGCCCCAUUAGCUAAAGUGGUGCUUCAGGUUAAGAACAGUUUCAGGUUAAGAAUGGACCUCCGGAACAAAUUAAGUACUUAACCCAAGGUACCACUGUAUGGGGAUUUACAAAAUCAUUAUCAUUGACUGCAACCACUGUUAAUAACCUUUUGAAGGCUCUUUGAAGGAACAAAAGUAAUUAGCCACCGUAUGUGAACAGCAAAAAAAAGGGGUUCAUUUUAAGUAUCGCAUCGUCUUUUGACCAUUCACCUUUUUAAUACAUUGGCAUUCAAGGGAAGAUAAAAGUAAUGGUGGAGUAUUGCAGGUCCUCAUUAGUUUGAACGUUACCGAAGCUUUCGCUUUUGCGAGUCAUUCUAACAACGCAUACAACAUUUCUUCUGUCUUUGACAGAGCGGUCGGAUGCUUAUUCCCCAACAUUUCCAGCGUUCGGACUUUGAUAGCAUAGGGUUGCUGAUUUCAUUGACAUACCGUAUUUUUUGCUCUAUAAGACUCACUUUUUCCCUCCUAAAAAGUAAGGGAAAAUGUGUGUGCGUCUUAUGGAGCGAAUACAGGCUGCGCAGCUAUCCCAGAAGCCAGAGCAGCAAAAGGGAUUGCUGCUUUCACUGCACAGCUGUUCUGGCUUCUGAGAGUCAGAAUUAUUAUUUUUUUCUUGUUUUCCUCCUCCAAAAAACUAGGUGCGUCUUGUGGUCUGGUGCGUCUUAUAGAGCGAAAAAUACGGUCGCUUUUACAGGAUGGAGGUAGAGUGAAUCUGAACGUUUGAUUCCAUACGGGUUUGAGCAAUGGGUCAUUUAUGCUUUGUUUUACAAGUUGGAAGAACCAGGCAUGUUGAGAUUUGUGAGACAAGAGAGGGAGAAGUUGGAAGGACACAGAGAGAAAGUGCUGGUUUUGGCCAGGGCAGAAAGCGAUAGGUUGGAAACUGCUAGAUGAAUUCUAGCAUCGGGAAUACUGCGUUGCUAGAAGUAUGUAAAAAAGUUUGGGUAAGCAUGUGUUGGGGGCAGGCUUGGGUUAGAGCAGGGUCUCCAGCUGUUUUGGACUACAACUCCCAUCAUCCUUAGCUAGCAGGACCAGUGGUCAGGGAUGAUGGGAGUUGUUGUCCAAAAGCAGCUGGAGACCCAAGUUUGGGAAACCCUGGGUUAGAGGAUACGGGAUUCCUAACAAGGUGAUGGAUGAUUACUUAUUUGGGUCCUCAGCCCAAAUACUUUAUAUUCGAGGCAAUCUUUAAAUGAAACUUUGUAAGUGAUGUGCCAAUGCUGUUGUGUUUGUUUAUAGCUAUUGAUGUAUAUGAUGUUGCACAGAAAUACGUUUGGGGGUUUUUCAAGUGGCUAUCUGAAUUUCUUAAACCGACCGUCUUUGUUAUAUUCUAGUGCCUUUGCCUUAGUGCAGUCGUUUUGAAAGAGUAGCUAGAGCAAGGAUGGAGCACUUUGGACCUUCCAGAUGUUGCUGCAUCACCUCUGACCAUUCCCUGUGCUGCAACAUCUGGAAGACCACAAGUUCCACAUCCUUGGGGUGAAAAAAGAGAGAAUAUUCUUGUUUGUGUGGGAGCUUUAAAAAAAAAAAAGUUUGAGAUGUGCUAAUGUAUGUACAAAACACUUGAAAGGCAAAUGUUGAUAAAUGUGGAGUCCAGGAAUCAGGAGGAGUAAUUGGAUAAUCUGUUGUAAUCUGUUCCAGCCCUUUUACCAAGGGAGAGUAGGGUUGGCUAGUGUGUUUUGUCAUCCCCCACCCGCAUAGGAUGCCUUAAGCCAGGCAUGGCCAAACUUGGCCUUCCAACUAUUUUUUAGGACUACAAUCCCUAGCUAACAGGACCAGUGGUCAGGGAUUAUGGGAAUUGUAGUCCCAAAACAGCUGGAGGGCCAAGUUUGGCCAUGCCUGCCUUAGGCUGUACUCUUACAUCUACUUAGCUUAGACUGCAGCCUUUCUCAACCUGUGGGUCCCCAGAUGUUGUUGAACUACAACUCCCAUCCCCCCUAGUUAGCAAGGCCAGAGCUCAGGGAUGAUGGGAGUUGUAGUCCAACAUCUGGGGACCACAGGUUGAGAACCGCUGGCUUGGAGAAAGCCCCACUGAAUUCAGCUGGACUUACUUCUGAGUAGGCAUGUAUAGGAUUGCACUGUUAGGUAGGAUUCCAGUUGCUGGUUGAGUGUUAACCUGUCAAGUCCCAUCCACUUGGCUGUACGUGUGAAUUGGCUCGGAUUAAGCCCUUGCAUAGAAUUGCACACGCCCACAUCAGCACUGUCAAAUCGAAGGAAUGGAUCUGUCCAAGAGCUUCAGUUGUCAGAGACCUUUUAAGGCACAUUGCUUCUAAUCUCAGAGAGGAGAAGCCAUAGUUGCCUAAGUCAUUUCUCCAAUCAUUGGCAUGAACCAACUGAUCCAAAACAACUGCAAGGGGCUCUCCCUGCUCAUUUGGCUUAUCAAUGUGUGGUGCAAUCCAUAAACCAGUUUACAGUGAAGCUGUCAGUGUAAUCCACUUACAAACCUAAGUAUGCAGUCCAGUUGAAAGCCUUGGGUAUCACUACUAGGCCAUACCAUGACCCAGUUGUGGUCCUGCCAUUACUAAAAAAAUGUUAAGGAGGGAGAAGAACCUGCUCCCACACAAAAAAAUGGAAUGACUUUCCAUCAUAUUUCCAGAGCCUUCAUGGGCUUGUUUGACUGAAUGGGCUUUUUUUGUACUGGCACCCCUGUUGUGCCAGUACCACUUAUGCAUUUCCCCCCAGUGCCAUACAGAAUAGAUGAGGUAUUGAUUUGAUAAGCAAAGGACUCUAGCAGUUGUCAACAAAAGGCAGCUGUUGCAUGAUCUAAUGUGUUGAAGGAAUUCUGCAUUUACUUAACCAAUGCAGCUGGCAGAAGCUGUCCUUUUUGGUUUUUUCAGACUCUUAAUCUUCAUCUCCCCAGCCAACCCCAAGUGCCACUGACCUUCAAGGCCUAAGAGCUUGUAAACUGCAAAAGGAAUAGCUACACCUAUGAGCAGCAAAACGUUGCCACUGGUAUGACAACAGUUUGUAACCCAGCCGGAGUCUCUGCCAGGGGUUUAAGAUGCAUCCAUCAUAUUGGAAUUUCCAUGGGAGUCCUGUUGUUGACUUGGUAUGAAUGUUAUGGAUGUCGCAGGGUGGUUAAGGCAACAAUUCUGGAUGGAAGUUGGAACUCUGGAAUAUAGGAUGUCUAGCAAGUUUUUCCACGUGCAUAAUAUACAGCUGUUAAGAACCCCAGGAAGCAAUAUUAAUCUCUAGGGCUGCCAUACGCCCAAGGGGAAUUUCUGAAAGGUGGUGCUAGACCUUGAAAAAUUGUGGGGGGGGGUUGGCAUUUUUGUAGAAAAUUUGGGGUCUUUCAGGGUGUCCUGGUUUUUACUUUUGGAAAUACGAAACCCUAUUUAUCUCAGACAAGAGAUAUUCAUGUAAUGCAUUUGUGUGGCCAAACAAGCUCAUUGAUAUUCCUGUCUAGUGGGAAAAAGAGCUAAUACUGAAGCACUUCCUAAUGCAUUUUGAAUGUGUGUGCGUGCAUAUAAACUACAAAUGUCAAAAUGUGAAUUUUAAGUAUGAAUGUUGAAUUCUAAAAUUCAAAAUGCGAAUUUUAGUUUUCAAAUAUUAAUGGGGAAACUUGACAGCCGGAAGCCAACCUUGCACCAGAGUUUUGGGACCUGGGCAGCAAAAGUCAAAUUGUAGUAAUAAGUAUUGAAGUCCAAAAUCCAUACUUUAGCAGUAGGUCUUUAUUAGGUCCAGCCGUAAUUUUGUAAAAGAGUAGCAAGCUUUUGAGUUCUUCAGAACUCCUCCAUCAGGUAAGUGUUCUGGAGAACUUGAAAGUUUGGCGAUAAUUUGUGCAACAUUUUGUUUGGUCCUGAUAAAGGUUUACUGCCCGAUGACAGAUUUGUGAGUUUUCAAUUACGGGCCAGCAGAGCUACCCUUUUUGCUUUGGAAGAAUUUUAAGGCAUAUCAUUCGCUUGAAAAUUCCUGCACUUCCAGACCAACCGAUGUUGGGGAAUCCAUCCGAUUCUGUCACUGUGCAAACUUCUGGUUCUUGUGAAGAUGUGAGCGGUGUGGCACGACGCACUGUGGAGAAGGACCAUUCAUGCAGCCAAGCACUUAUACAAAGGCCAAGCCGAAAAGGGAGAAUGGGAGGGAUGCCUCCAUUCAACCGACUGGACUCAUAACCACGCCUAUCAUCUGUGUAAAUCCCUUGGCUUUUAUCACUGCUCACUCUUCCUUGUAAAAUUAACAUUCUGCCCAUCCGAAGCUAGCAAGGCAGGGAAAAUAGCUUCGACCUGCGCCAACAUGCUAGUAUGCUACAAGGCAGUACCUACAUUGCACUUCCAGUAUGUUUCAGUACAGGUAAUAUACUGAGAAUUACUGUAAACUUUUUAUUGUGGGAGCCAUUAGUUUUGCUUUGUUGCACAGAUUGUACUUACGAGUUAAGGGUUGGGGUUUAAAAAGAAAAAUUGUUUUGCAUGACUAUAGUUUUUAGUAUUUGUGCCUUUAACUUGCCUGUCAUGACUGUGUACAGAUACCUUUCCCGUCCCCCUUUGAUCAUCUGUUUGCAACGACUUUUACAUAUUUUGGUCUUUUGUUUGUUUCUGCUCAUUCUUAUUCCUCCUGGCACCUGCCCCCCCACCCCCCACAAAUCUAUUGUAAAUGUGUAUAUAUAAAAUAGAACUGGAUUUGUAUUUCACGUGCCUCAAUAGGAUGUAAAAAAAAAAAAAAGAAACGAUUCAUUUUGUACAGAUUUUUCUUUAGCACUAAUUCUUGUCCUGAGUAUUUAGCAACUUAAAAAUAACUAGUUGACCUGUCUUAUUUCUGAAUCGUUGUGUUGAAUGGAAGGAGUAAUUCUCUCUUGUCUUUUUGAAAAAGCAGUGUGUGCGUGCCACACAAACACAAACACACACACGUUGUAAUCCUUCCUGGUUUGCUGUUAUUUAUAAUGAGUUACAUCUAUUUUGUCCAUUCUUAGAGUCUGGAACAAAUUAAAUUGAUGGCUUACGCAAACAUGCUGUUCAUUCGCUUUUAAGAAGG